CCCGAUACGAUUAAAAUGACAAUUACAGAGAGAAAAGGAGUCUAUUAUCAGACAACGGUACCAGACGAAUCAACACCCGGCGAUAAGACUGGUAAACAACCUACGGAUGGUCAAUCCGUGGGUAACGUGAUUCGCUUGUUACCGAAAGAUACGAAAGAAUUAAAAAGAUUGAAGGACGAGGUAGUAAUUCUAGACGAGGAAGGAUAUCCGAUCGGUGCUCCAUUACAGCCUGGCGAUGAAUCUUUACCCUGGCGCAGAGGUCGUGUCUAUCAUAGAGCUCGACCUACGAACGUGACACCCUGGAGGAAAGUUAAGCCGCGUUCCAGGGACACGUCCCUGGACAAAAUUCAACAGGCUAGACUACUCCAGCCUGAGGUCAAACCCUGGACGGAGGAAGAUGUGGUGCUGAAGAAAGCUCCACAGGUUAUCAAGGAAAUUACGAAAGAGAAAUUGGAAGAGGUUGAACUUAAACCUGCUAAGACCGAAAAGCGUGAGGUCAGGAGGCCUAGUUUGGAACAUGUGGAACUCAGACCGGUACCUAAAGAUUUGAGGACCUUUGAUGAAACGACCCUCGAGAGGCUUCUGGCUGAAAGAGUUACUGAAUAUACGGAAGAGGAGGAUAUUAGUAUAAGGAGUGUCACUUCUGAAAGUCAGUCUGAUUCAGUGUCGAAGAGAUUGAUCGAGGAAGAGAUAUCUCAAAGGAGAGGUGAUCAGCCUAGACCAUGGACCGAAGAGAAGAUAACCUUAAAGAAAGCUAAACCGGAAAAGAAAGAAAUUCCUAAAGAGAGCAUUGAAGAGGUUGAGCUAAAACCGACACAGCCCGAAAAGAAGGACGUUAGGAAACCCAGUUUGGAACGUGUCGAUCUUAAGCCUGUUCCGAAGGAUGUGGUUGAGGAGAGAGUCACGACGCGAAGAGGGACAAUCGAAAAGGGUGAAUACGUGGAAGAGGAAAGUAGCACUCUUCUUAGUGUUACCUCAGAAAGUGAUUCCACGGUGCAUACGACGAGAAAAAUCACUAAGGAUGAAGUUCUUCCAGGUAAAGUGGAACAACCCAAACCCUGGACCGAGGAGAAGAUUGCGCUGAAAAAGGCGAAACCUGAGAGGAAGGAAAUUCCUAAAGAAACUAUCGAAGAGGUUGAGCUGAAACCUGCGAGACCUGAGAAGAAGGAGGUACGCAGACCCAGCCUGGAACAUGUUGAACUCAAGCCUGUGGCUAAACAAGUAACUGUCGAUGAGAGAACUGUUCAGAAGGAGACUGCUGAAUUUAUUGAAGAAGAAGAUACGACACUCUUGAAGGUUACUUCCAAAAAAGAUAUUACUCUUGCCCCAAAGAAACCCGUGGAGGAAGAUGCUCAGAAGAAACCUGAGCAAGCUAAGCCCUGGACCGAAGAGAAGAUCACGUUAAAGACAGCCAAAAAAGAGAAGAAAGAAAUUCCUAAAGAAACUAUCGAAGAGGUUGAGCUGAAACCUGCGAGGCCUGAGAAGAAGGAGGUACGCAGACCCAGCCUGGAACAUGUUGAACUCAAGCCUGUGGCUAAACAAGUAACUGUCGAUGAGAGAACUGUUCAGAAGAAGACUGCUGAAUUUAUUGAAGAAGAAGAUACGACACUCUUGAAGGUUACUUCCAAAAAAGAUAUUACUCUUGCCCCAAAGAAACCCGUGGAGGAAGAUGCUCAGAAGAAACCUGAGCAAGCUAAGCCGUGGACCGAAGAGAAGAUCACGUUAAAGACAGCCAAAAAAGAGAAGAAAGAAAUUCCUAAAGAAACUGUUGAAGAGGUCACGUUGAAACCGAGUAGACCUGAGAAAAAGGAAGUUCCCAAGCCUAGCAUUGAACAAGUAGGCCUUAAGCCCGUCACUAAGAAGAGUACUGAAGUAAGUAAGAUAGAGAAAGAUGUUACCGAGGUCAGUGAAUUCGUUGAACAGGAUGAGACCACUAUUCUUAAAAUUGAAUCUGAUACGGAAGGUAUCCGCCGUGUUCCUAAGAAAACCACGUCGGAGGAAAUUCUUCAAAAGAAACCUGAAGAACCCAAACCAUGGACGGAGGAGAAGGUUACUCUCAAGAAGGUGACUCCUCAAAAGAAAGAAGUACCAAAGGAAACCAUUGAGGAAGUUGAACUUAAACCAUCUAGAACUGAAAAGAAGGAUGUUAAAAAAUCGACUGUCGAACAAGUGGAUCUCAAGACUGUUUCCAAAGACAUUACGAGUCAAUAUGUCGAAGAAGUUGAUACAAAGGUUUUGAAGGUGGUGAAGGACGAAGAAGUCGUAGAAGAGGAGGAGACACAGGAAACUGGUGUCAGCUGGCGUAAGGGCAAGAAGAAACCCAAAGAAAAGGCGCCAUAUGAGGAACAGGAAGAUACUGAAAUAUUAAAGGUUACGGAAAAGAAAACGGAAGAAAAGGAAAAACGUGUUACGGAAGAAGUUGGUGUUUCUUGGCGGAGAGGAAAGAAGCCUAAGCAAGAGGAGAAACCAAUUGCUGAACAAGUUCUUGAAGAGCUUCAGCCCGAAGAAGAAAAACCAACUGAGGAGACUACAGCAACUUGGAGGAGAGGCAAGAAACCUGGUAAAGAAAUCAAGCCCAAAGACAAGCAACCUGAGAAACUUCAGGAGGAAGAGAUAAAGCCACAACCAGGGGAAGCUCCUGAGGAGGAAUCAGAAAAACCUACAGAAACUACACAACUUCCAUGGCUUCGUGGAAAGAAGGUUCAAAAGAAAGUGAUCGAAAAACAGGAAGAGCAAAUAGAGGAUAUUAGAUCGGUAACUCUGAAACCUGUGAAGAGAGGACAAAAGCCUGAAGAACGCGAGGACAAGGAAGAGAUUGUCUUGAAACCGGUUAAGCGUCUGCCUAAAGAAGAGGAGACGAGUGAAGAGGUGAAACUGAAACCGGUAGAGAAACCUCAACCAGAACAGAAAGACCGCGAGGAUGUUAAACUAAAACCUGUAACGAAGGAUAAACCAGAAAAGACAAUUGAAGAAAGUACUCUGAAACCGGUUAAGCCUGGUAAGAAACCGGAUGUUCAGGAACCGAAAGAGGUUCAGCUUAAACCCAUUCCUAAAAAGACUGAAUUGCUAGCUCCAGAAAAGGUUGAAGAUAAACCAGAAGAAGAGCAGCCAACUGAAGUUACCGAAACUCCAUGGCGUCGCGGUCCAAAACCAAGUAUAACAAAACAACCUGUUCCAGAGGAGGAGAAACCGGAAGAGGAAAUUCCGGAAGAACAGAAACCUGUGGAAAAGACACCAUGGCGACGAGAAAAGAUCGAUAAGAAGACGGUGAUUCAACAAGAAGAACAAGUUGUUGAAGAUAUCAGGUCGGUUUCUUUAAAGCCUGUAAAGCGCGGUAAAAAACCAGAAGAACGCGAGGAUAAAGAAGAAGUUGUCCUGAAACCAGUGAAGAAGCUUCCAAAGGAAGAAGAGACUUCAAUGGACAUUAAAUUAAAACCUGUAGAGAAGGAGAAACCGGAAGAGGAAAAACCCACGCCUGCUAAGGUUAAACCAAAGAAAGGUAAACUUCAGGAAACAGAAGAAGAAGCUCCUGAGGAACAGAAGCCUAAGGAAGCCCUUCAACCUGAACUGGUUAGUGAACUAGUAGAAGAUGAGAAACCAGAAGAAAAAUCCGGCCUACCUUGGGUACGCGGAAAGAAACGCAUUGAAAAAGUAGUAAGAGAAGAGAAAAUCGAUAAGCAAGUAGACCAGCAAGUGACAGAAGAGGAUAAACAGGUUUCAGAGGUCUCGUGGAGAAAGACUCAAAAAGAUACGAAGGUAUUGGAAAUUCAAAAAGAGACCGAUGUAGAAGACAUAAAAUCUGUAACAUUGAGGAAGACUAGAAAAGAUAAGAAGCCGGAAGAACGAGAAGACAGAGAUGAAGUUGUUUUGAAGCCUACUAAACGCUUGCCUAAAGAGGAAGAGACCACUGAGGAAAUUAAACUGAAGCCUGUACAAAAACCAGAAGAUUUGGUCCCUGAACAGGUCGAAGAACAACCUGAGGAAGCUAAACCUGAAGAGAAGGCACCAUGGCGGCGCGAGAAAGUUGAGAAAAAAGUGGUUAUCAAACAAGAGGAACAGAUAGAAGAUAUAAAAUCUGUGUCCCUUAAACCUGUGAAACGUGGAAAGAAGCCAGAGGAAAGGGAAGACAAGGAAGAGGUUGUUCUGAAACCUGUGAAGCGUGUUCCUAAAGAAGAGGAGACUGCCGAAGAAAUUAAGCUGAAACCUGUUGAGAGGGAUAUACCGAAACUUGAAAAAGGUCUUGAAGUUCCGGAGGAAGACAAGCCCCAAGAAAAGACUGAAAUGCCCUGGAGACGAGAAAAGAAGCCGGCUAAGAAAAUCAUUCCAGAAGUUACGAAGGAAGAACAAGACGUAACAGAGCAAGUCACUGAAGUCGUUGAUACCGAAGAGAAGAAAGAAGCGACCGAAGUCUCUUGGCGCAAGGAAAAGAAAGAAAAGAAGGUUGUUGAAGUACAGAAAGAAGCUGAAGUGGAAGACAUUCGUUCGAUCACUUUGAAGAAAACGAAGCGAGAUAGGAAGCCCGAAGAGCGUGAGGACAAAGAGGAGGUAGUUCUCAAACCUGUGAGACGUCAACCUCAAGAGGAAGACACAGAAGAAGAAAUCAAACUUAAAUCCGCUGAGAAAGAAGUAGUUCCUAAAAAGGUAGAAGAGAAACCAGAAGAGGAAAGGCCUACUGAAAUUACUGAAGUUCCAUGGAAACGUGGUAAAAAGCCUAAGAAGGUUGUUGGAAAGCCUGAAGAGGUAAAACCAGAAGAAAUUAAGCCGGAAGAAGUGACCCUUGAGGAAAAGCCUGAAGAUGAAAAACAGACAGAAACUCUUGAGGUUUCUUGGCGUAAAGAUAAGAAGAAGUCGGAAAAGAAAGAAAAGAAGGUCGUUGAAUUUAAAGAAGAAGUCACGAUCGUCCCUAUCGAUCAGGAGGAAGUAAUUGAAGACCAGAAAAUUGUCACCAUAGAAAAAGAAGUGAAGUCCGAGAUUUCUGAAGAAAUCAAACCUAAACCAAAGCCAAAAGAUAAACCUGAGGCAACCAAGCCAGAAGAAGUGAAGCUCAAACCAAUCAAGCGAGGUAGGAAACCUGAAGAGAAAUCAGAAGAAGUUGAGGAAGUUCAUCUCAAGCCAAUUCCCAAGAAAACAAUCGACGAAGAAGUUACAGACGAAAUAAAAUUAAAAUCUGUCCAAAAAGAGAAGCCAGAAAAGGUUUCUGAGGAAGUCACUUUACAGCCCAUCGAAAAAGAUAAAACGGAGGUACCGGAAGAAGAAAAGCCUGAGGAAACAACUGGUUUGCCUUGGGUGCGAGGGAAGAAAAAGAAAGUGACCAAAGCACCUGAAGAACAACCUGAAACCAAGGAGAAAAUACCCGUGGAGAAGGUAGAAAAAGAGAUCGAGGAAAUCAAAAUUAAAAAAGGCAAAAGGAAAUCGAAAGAACAGGAAGAAGAGCAAGAAGAGGUACAACUCAAACCUAUUCCAAAGAAAACACCCGAAGAGGAAACUCAGGAGCAGAAAAAAUUGAAACCUAUCAAAACAGAAAGACCAGAAGAUGAGAAGGAGGAAAUCAAAUUAAAGCCAGUGAAACGAGGUAAGAAACCUGAAGUUGAUGAGAAGGAAGAAGUGCAUUUGAAACCUGUCCCUAAAAAAGCUCCGGAGGAAAAAGACAUUGAAGAAGUCGAACUCAAACCAAGCCGCAAAGAAAAAAUUGCACCAGAAGCAGAACAACCUGAAGAAAAAACUGAACUUCCUUGGCGCCGUGGAAAAAAGAAGGGUAGGGUUGAAAAGCCUGAAGAGGAACAACCUGAAGUGGAGGAGGAACAAGUCCCUGAAGAAAUACCCACGGAUGAGGUCGAAGAGGUCAGUGAAGUAACGUGGAGAAAGGGUAAGAGAAUACCUAAGAAACUAGAAGAGGAAAAGGAAGAGGUACAUCUGAAACCUAUUCCAAAGAAAACACCCGAAGAAAAGGAGAAACCAAAGGUAGAGGAAAUUCUACGACCAGAGAAACGUCCUGAGGAGGAAGUAACGGAAACGGAGGAAGUUUCAUUGAGGAAGGGCAAGAGGAAGCCAAAGAAACCAGAAGAAGAAAAGGAAGAGGUACAUCUGAAACCUGUUCCAAAGAAGGUACCGGAAGAGAAAGAGAAGCCACAGGAAGAACAAGUUUUACAACCUGAAAAACCUGUAGAGGAAGAAAUAACCGAAACAGAGGAAAUAUCGUGGAGAAAGGGCAAGAGGAAGCCAAAGAAACCGGAAGAGGAAAAGGAAGAGGUACACCUGAAACCUAUUCCAAAGAAGAUACCGGAAGAGAAAGAAAAGCCACAAGAAGAAAAAGUUGUCCAACCAGAGAAAGUUACUGAUGACAAAAUUACGGAAGAGACAACUGAAACACCUGAAGUAUCUUGGAGAAAGGGCAAGAGAAAGCCAAAGAAACCUGAAAAACCUAAGAAAGUGCCAGAAGGAGAAGAAAAACCAGAAGAAGAAGUAGUUCCACAACCAGAAAAACCGGUAGAAGAAGAAAUAACUGAAACACAGGAAAUAUCAUGGAGAAAGGGCAAAAGGAAACCAAAGAAGCCGGAAGAAGAAAAGGAAGAGGUACAUCUGAAACCUGUUCCAAAGAAGGUACCGGAAGAGAAAGAGAAGCCACAGGAAGAACAAGUUUUACAACCUGAAAAACCUGUAGAGGAAGAAAUAACCGAAACAGAGGAAAUAUCGUGGAGAAAGGGCAAGAGGAAGCCAAAGAAACCGGAAGAGGAAAAGGAAGAGGUGCAUCUGAAACCUAUUCCAAAGAAGGUACCGGAAGAGAAAGAGAAGCCACAGGAAGAACAAGUUUUACAACCAGAGAAACCUGUGGAAAAAGAAAUAACCGAAACGGAGGAAAUAUCAUGGAGAAAGGGCAAGAGGAAGCCAAAGAAACCGGAAGAGGAAAAGGAAGAGGUACACCUGAAACCUAUUCCAAAGAAGAUACCGGAAGAGAAAGAAAAGCCACAAGAAGAAAAAGUUGUCCAACCAGAGAAAGUUACUGAUGACAAAAUUACGGAAGAGACAACUGAAACACCUGAAGUAUCUUGGAGAAAGGGCAAGAGAAAGCCAAAGAAACCAGAAGAAGAAAAGGAAGAGGUUCACCUGAAACCUGUUCCAAAGAAAGUGCCAGAAGGAGAAGAAAAACCAGAAGAAGAAGUAGUUCCACAACCAGAAAAACCCGUAGAAGAAGAAAUAACUGAAACAGAGGAAAUAUCAUGGAGAAAGGGCAAAAGGAAACCAAAGAAGCCGGAAGAUGAAAAGGAAGAGGUACAUCUGAAACCUAUUCCAAAGAAAACACCCGAAGAAAAGGAGAAACCAAAGGUAGAGGAAAUUCUACGACCAGAGAAACGUCCUGAGGAGGAAGUAACGGAAACGGAGGAAGUUUCAUUGAGGAAGGGCAAGAGGAAGCCAAAGAAACCAGAAGAAGAAAAGGAAGAGGUACAUCUGAAACCUGUUCCAAAGAAGGUACCGGAAGAGAAAGAGAAGCCACAGGAAGAACAAGUUUUACAACCAGAGAAACCUGUGGAAAAAGAAAUAACCGAAACGGAGGAAAUAUCAUGGAGAAAGGGCAAGAGGAAGCCAAAGAAACCGGAAGAGGAAAAGGAAGAGGUACACCUGAAACCUAUUCCAAAGAAGAUACCGGAAGAGAAAGAAAAGCCACAAGAAGAAAAAGUUGUCCAACCAGAGAAAGUUACUGAUGACAAAAUUACGGAAGAGACAACUGAAACACCUGAAGUAUCUUGGAGAAAGGGCAAGAGAAAGCCAAAGAAACCAGAAGAAGAAAAGGAAGAGGUUCACCUGAAACCUGUUCCAAAGAAAGUGCCAGAAGGAGAAGAAAAACCAGAAGAAGAAGUAGUUCCACAACCAGAAAAACCCGUAGAAGAAGAAAUAACUGAAACAGAGGAAAUAUCAUGGAGAAAGGGCAAAAGGAAACCAAAGAAGCCGGAAGAUGAAAAGGAAGAGGUACAUCUGAAACCUAUUCCAAAGAAAACACCGGAAGAGAAAGAAAAGCCACAGGAAGAACAAGUUUUACAACCAGAGAAACUUGUAGAAAAAGAAAUAACCGAAACAGAGGAAAUAUCGUGGAGAAAGGGCAAGAGGAAGCCAAAGAAACCGGAAGAGGAAAAGGAAGAGGUGCAUCUGAAACCUAUUCCAAAGAAAACACCGGAAGAGAAAGAAAAGCCACAGGAAGAACAAGUUUUACAACCAGAGAAACUUGUAGAAAAAGAAAUAACCGAAACAGAGGAAAUAUCGUGGAGAAAGGGCAAGAGGAAGCCAAAGAAACCGGAAGAGGAAAAGGAAGAGGUUCACCUGAAACCUAUUCCAAAGAAAGUGCCAGAAGAAAAAGAAAAACCAGAAGAAGAAGUAGUUCCACAACCAGAAAAACCGGUAGAAGAAGAAAUAACUGAAACACAGGAAAUAUCAUGGAGAAAGGGCAAAAGGAAACCAAAGAAGCCGGAAGAAGAAAAGGAAGAGAUUGUCCUGAAACCUGUGGAGAAACCGACUCCAGAAGAGAAGGUAGAAGAAGAGUUGCCUCUUAAACCAGGAAAGAAAAUCCAGCCGGAAGAAGAGAAGCCUGAACAGAUAAAACUGAAACCAAUAAAGAGAGGCAAAGCGCCUGAACCUGAAACAAAGGAAGAGGUCCACUUGAAGCCAAUUCCAAAGAAAUCCGUCCAAGAAGAAGUACUAGAAGAGAUUCAACCUGAACCAAUAAAGUUAGAAGAACAGCCUGAACAACCUGAAAAGCCUGAAGAGCGUGAAGAGGUCACGCUAAAACCAAAACGAAAAGAGAAAAAGCCAAAGCCCGGUAAACCGGAAGAGUUACAAGUAUCUGAAAUAAAACCAGAAGAAGAACAGCUUCAACCUGUCGUAGCGGAAGUGACUGAAGAUAUUGUCGAAGAGACAACAAAAUCCGUCCAGGAGGUAAAGAUUGGAAAGAAGAAGAGCGUAAAGAUAGACACGAAAGCGAUUGAAAUAAUUGAUGACAAGGUGAUCGAAGAAGUCGAAGAUGUUCGCCAAUCGGACAUAAGCAUAAUUUCAAAGAAACGCCAGGACGUAGAGGAGGUCGUCCAGGAGGAAGUGAAGCAAGUGGAAGAUCGGAAAGACAAGCGAAAACGUAGGCAGCGCGCCCAAGUGGAGAUAUCAAUUAUUGAUAAGGAUAAGAAAGUCGCGCCACGUUUUAUCCAAAAGUUACAACCAGUCAUCGCCGAGCCUGAUAAGCCAGCUAAAUUUACCUGCACGGUGAUCGGUAAUCCUUUCCCCGAAGUCUCUUGGUACAGAAACGAACAGGAGCUUCACGCCAGCGAGAAAUACAUCAUGACAGUCGUGGAGACCACAGCCACCCUGGAAGUGACGAACGUCAAGGAGGAGGAUGUCGGCAUGUAUUCCUGUAGAGCGUCCAAUCCUGCAGGAGUCGCCACCUCCACUGUGAACCUCGUCAUUUUCGAAAAAGAAGAGGAAGGAGUCGCUCCGCACUUCAUCACACCAAUUAAACCGUUAAUGGUCGAAGAACACAAACCAGCUACUUUGGAAUGCAUUGUAACUGGUAUACCUGCACCGGAAGUGAAGUGGUACCGAGGAGAUAAGGAAGUGAAGCCAAAGAAGGGUACUGAGAUUACAUUCAACCCUGAAACAGGAGAAUCCAAACUGACGAUCCUGGAACCAACUCCUGAAGACGAAACAAUUUAUCGGGUUCGCGCUCUUAACAAAUUCGGACGCGCCGAGUGUAGAGCGAAUCUUCUGAUCAGCAACGCAGUUGUGGUUUCCAAACCGGAAGUACUGCGUGCACCGAAAAUCACAAAACCACUUCCUGCCUUAGUAGCAGAAAAAGGAAAGCCUUUGGUUCUCACUGCUGAAUUCGAAGGAAAACCAGCGCCUGAUGUCAAGUGGUACAGAAAUGGAACCGAAAUAAAACCAUCCGACAAAAAGAUCAUUAAGGUCUUUGAGAAUACUACCGAACUGAUCAUUCCGGAUGCUACUAAGAAGGAUAGCGGCAAGUACGAGAUCAGGGUGCAGAAUCCUGCAGGUGAAGCCAGAAGUUCAGGUUCCGUCGCCGUGAAGGGACCUGAAGAAACUACCGACGAGGUUAAGGCCCCCAGGUUCAUCGAACCACUUCAGCCCCAAGUGGUAGCUGAAGGUGAAGUUGUGAUUAUGGAGGCAACGGUAGAUUCUUACCCCACAGCAUCAUUCCAGUGGUUCCAUGAAAACCACCCACUCAAGUCAUCGCCCGAGCUCAGAAUAGUAACCAAAGAAAACCGAUCGGUUCUUUUGGUGAAAGAAAUCGUUCCUGAAUUCGCUGGAACCUAUACCUGCCGCGCUGAAAACGUCGCAGGUUCGGUCACCUGUACGGCAACAGUUAAUCUUCUUGAUGUACCUUGGGAAGAGACUGUAGAACUGGUAUCACCCACUUUCAUAAAGAAGAUGUCACCAGUCCGAGUGAUGGAUGGUGAAAGUGUCAACCUGACUUGCGUCGUCCAAGGAAAACCAAUUCCCAGGGUUGAAUGGUUCCACGAUAAAAAACCGAUAAAGGAAGGAAAGGAGAUCACGAUCCUCCAGGACUCCGAAGGUGUCUGCAGUUUAGCUAUCAGUGAAGUAUUCCCAGAAGAUGCUGGAGAGUAUACUUGCCAGGCAGUCAAUCCUGUUGGAGAAGCAGUAUGCACAACUUCGCUCGUUGUAGAAGCAUACGAGUACGUACCGGACUCAGAAAUCGCAUCGUCGAUCGUUGCUACGUCCUUGAUCACAGGACAAAGUGGCUCGGAAGAGGAUCUUUUGUCUCCAAAGGAGACACCCUUGUCCGACACCGACACAGAGGAAUCUGCGCCGGAAAUUGUCAGAAAGCUUCCUCAGUUAGUUCCUACUAAAGAUGGCGAAUUAACCAGACUGGAGGUAAAGGUCAAGGGUAAACCCAAGCCACAAGGAAAGUGGAUAAAACAGGGAGUGGAGAUAAUUCCAUCCCAGGAAUUCCAAAUCGAGGAAUUCGAUGAUGGCACCUCGGUGCUGACAAUUGCCGAAACUUAUCCCGACGACACAGGGGAGAUUGUCUUCGAGGCACACAAUCCCCUGGGAGUAUCCACGACGACUACCUACCUAUCGGUAGAAGGUAUCCUCGGAACGAAGGACUACAGAAAGCCAGAAUGGGUCACGCAGAUGGAGGAGAUGCAGGAGGCUCUGCGAGGUAAGAACGAUGAGAUUCUGGCAUCUCGGUGUAGCAUGCUGAGUGUGCGAACGUGCAGCUUUUCAACUGACAGUCUGGACGAGCGAGCGAUCAGAGACGAAGAGUCGCCAUCGCAGAAAGACAGUUCGACGAUGGUUAGCGAAUUCUCGUCGACUAAGACUCUGAUGAACAUCGAUGAGGAGAGGCGAGUUCACGAAGAGGUCACCGAGUUCAACGUUCCUACUGAAUUCUAUUUGACACGUGAUAGAUUUGAUACCGAUGACUCUCACCAUGAUGAAGUCUGCCCAGUGGAUUUGCUAGAAACCGGAAAACAGGUCGUACCGAAGAGAGAAGGUUCUGUGAAGAGUUCUGAAAAAAAAUCGGUAGCUAGAACAAAAACCGUAGAAAGAAAAUCUACCUUGGGAUACUCGCAGGAGAGACGAAAGGGGGUUUCUGAAAAAAUGAAAAUUUGUAAAAAAUCAUUAGAAAAAUCUUCAUCCCCAGAGAGAUCGUCGAUCGUUCAGCGACAAGUGUCGCGUUCCCCUAGUCCUGAAAAAAGAUUGCGCAAUGUCGCGUCGACUGUGCAAAAAAGGGAAAAGGGCAAUUUGAGCAAAAAGGAUGUUUCUGAAAAAUGGUCGAUUUCUGGAAAACGUCGAGAGGUGUCACUGAGAAGCCAGCAUCUUCAUCGCCGACUAGGACGCACCAGAGAGUCAGAGAAAAAGUUACAGAGGUCAAAUCGGAAUCGCCUUCGCCUACCAGAGACAGAGAGAGACUGUCUAAAGAAUCAAGGUCAAAGUCACAGUCUCCAAGUCCACCCAGAAGACCUCAAGGAAUUUCGAAAGAUUCGCGAGUUAAGGUCCAAACGUAUUCGCCUACAAGAUCAAAACCGGAAGUACUUCAGUGAAUUUCCACCACCGAAGUCUGAAAGGAAAACUGAAAAACAUGAGAUCCAGGCAGAUUCUUGCAGUUCGGAAUUGGACCACAGAAAUUAUCAAGGUCUGACGGAUACUUCGGAAACUGGUUUUUACCUCUCGCCAAUCGAAGAGAACAGCGAAGCUUCAACCAGCAGCAGCAGCCAGAGUCGAUCGGAUUCGAAGUACUACAAACCAAAGAUGAAGUUUUCUACACAGAGAAGAGAAUAUUCGGAUAUAGAGGAGAGAGAUUACGAUCCCAGUAGAAAAUAUCACACGUAUCCAAAAUCGCGGAUACCGGUCCUCAAAAGAGCGAACGAUCGAUACAAAAAUCUUAUGGAUCCAAAAAUGUAUCCACUGGAGCCACGCGAAAUCGAGCUCGAGGCAUUUCAGCAAUUGCACACGGCGGACAGUCAGGAGGAAUUGCAAGAAUUUCUCCUUCUGGAAAGUCAAUGCAGCGGAAAUCUUGGGCUGGCCGGAAAUAUUUCCCAGUCUGAGAUUUCUUAUGGAGAACACCAAAGCGACGAUGAGAGGGGCACCAUGUCAGCCACGCAAUCCGUACCACGAUUCAUUCAAGAAAUUACAGCGAUUUAUGUAAAGGAGGGAGAACCCGCAGUAUUUGAAUGUACAUACUCCGGAAAUCCUGCGCCAGAUGUUGUUUGGUACAAAAAUGAUAAACUCAUCAGCAACACGGAAAACACAAAAGUACGGAUUUUCGAUGCCGAGAAGAAGACGACAUUGACGAUCAAACAUGUUACUGAAGAAGAUGACGCGACCUACGUAUGCAAAGCUACCAGUGACAUUGGCUUAGCCAUCACUAAGGCAAAAUUGCACGUGAGCGAUACUGCGGGCGAUUCGAAGAAACCGCGAAAGAAAGAAAAGCCGACGGAGAAGGUUGAAGAAAAAUUAGAAGUUAAAAAGCCAGAGAAGAAGAAGAAGGCAGAUGUGAAGAAAGCUAAGGAAACCAAAGAAAAGAUAAAGGGAGAGCGCGUCAAGGUGGAGAAAACCGAAAUCCACGAGGAGAAGGGUAUUCCGAAAGAAGAACCAGAAGAAAAAAAAAUUGUGGACGUUGAAGAAACUCAAGUGCUCGAGACGAUCGAAGCCAUCGAAGAGAAACCGGAAGAGCCGUCGCAGGCAACAAGAGUAAUUCCCAUCCAGGAACCAGUCCUAACGGAAACCACAGCUUCUUUGAAGAAGAUCGACGACAAACCAAAGGAAAUCGUACCGAAGAAGGAAAAGCGGGCAAAACCGGUAGUCGAAGAACAGGAAAGUGUGGUGAUUUCGCAAGUAACGACAGAAGAUACCACCGGAGAAUUCCUGGUAGAAUCAAGAAUAGAUCAGGCCCAGAUGACUUCGGAGACCUUGGAAACCGUCUCAGUUUCCGAAGUGCGUUCGGAACGUGGCGUUCAGGAGAUAAAGAAGAAGAAAUCGAAGAAAACCGCUACGCUUCGCGAAUCCGUGACCCAAGUACAGCGCGAGAGUCAAGAAAUCGUUAAGGAACAAAGAGCAGAGGAGAUUCUGGAAAUUAGCGAAUUACCAAGCGAGACAGUGGCGCCACUAGAGGAGAAGCCGAAGCGGAAGCGCGCGAAGCCGGAGAAGAAGGCACCGGUCGAAGAGAGGGCGACGGUCACGGAAGUGACGGUUGAACAAAUAAUCGAGGAACAGAAGGAGAACAUAGCGAGGGAGGUCGAAGAGAUCCUGGACGUCCUGAACGCGAAGGAAUUCGGUCCUGGCGAGUUGCCUUUGCAAGAACUGGCGACUAUUGGCUACCUGGUGCGCCAAGGCGUUUCCGUUAACGAGAUCAACGAGAGCCUCUAUAAGACUGAUAAGUUCCCGGCUCUGAGGACACCGGAUGCUCAGAAUGCUCUUGUUCAGCUGGUUGAGAGGGAAGGUCAUGGUCCUCUUAUUUCUCAAGUACUCACUGAGGAAACAACUACGGAUGAAAGUGUCGUUGCUGCUACUGUUGGCUUCAGGGCCUUCAUGAGGAUGGUGGAACUCGAACAUGCCACUGUUGAAGAGGUCAUCACCCACUUCGCUCCGGAAGACUUCCGGCCACAUGCUUGGGAGGUCGCAGAACCCACUGAGGUCGAUACCGAACAACGAUUUACUGAGAACGUAGAGAUUACCCAGAAGAGAGAAGUCCACGUGUUGGAAAGACAAGAAGAAACGAAGGCUGUUCGAGUACAGGAUGUUCAAGAAAUAAAAGAAUACGAGGACAUACGGCAGGCACACACAACACUGCAAAUCAAACGCAAAGAUAGGAAACCAAAGGAUCAGCCUCGUAUUGAGGAUACCACGGAGGAUAGGGUCGAGGGGGUUCAGGUUGUAGAGUUGAUCAAGGAUGACGAACAACCCCAGCAGCCCCAGGACACCCUGGUACAAGAGGAAGAGAUCAUUGUCGUUGAGAAAGACUCGAAGGGCAGACUGACUCGUAGCCAAAAGAAACGUAGAGAAUUAGAGAAGGAUAUCGAGCAGGAAGUAACGUUAGAGAAGCAGCGUAGGAUUAGGAAAAUAAUGAAACCGAGAAAAUCGGAUAUCGGGGAGGACGAUUUAGAAUUUGAGGAAAUCGAGGAGUUCGUUACUGUUCAGGAUAGAUCGGUACCUUCGGUCGCUCUAAAUGUCUCCAGUCAGUUGCAUGAGGUCAUCCCGCUGGGUCAGGCAGCCGAGACGGCACCGGGUAAACCGGAUGCGGAAACGGCUAGAGUCACGGUCGAUACCGUGAACGCUCUUACGGAACAAAUAGUACCGGUUCAGGAAAAGGAGAUCGAUGAUAUUUCGGAACUGAAACCAGAUUCCCAUCGGGCUUCCGUAACCAUUUCCCCUGUAGAACCCUAUUCCACCACGGAAACCACAGCGCAAAGUGUUACUGGCGAAUUUUCCGAUACGUUUAAGCCGACGUCCUACGAGGCGAGACCCGCCUUCGUACCGUCAGAGAGUCUCAUUGUCAGCGAGACCCUUGUAGAUUCUUCCACGUCUAGUCUAACUGUUAAGUCUGAUACCUCGAAGAAGGCUGAGGUCUCUGUAACUCUUCAGGAAGCAACAACAGUGUACGAGACAAAUGUAAAUCAGAAUGAAGUUCCGACGGAAGACUUUGUCACUCCGCGAACAGCCAAGGCUGAGGACACGGUCCUGCCUCAGGUAGGAUUAUCGGUGUACGAGGUCCAGGAAGGUCUGGUUGAAGAGAAGCUUGAACCUCUAAAGACUAUAGCAACGAAACCAAGAGUGAACAUAACCUCGAAGGAAUCUUUGAUAGUCGAGGAAGUCCUUGCGGAGGACAAGCCUGGUAAGUAUUAUCCGGAACUGAUUGUACCCACUGAAGUGGCUACGCAAUCGGUGAUAUCGCAACAGCAAACAAUCACUGAAGUGAUGCAGGCGCCGGAGAAAGAAGGUGAAUACGUACCGGGACGGAUGCCACCUAGUCAACAGGCACAGGUUGGUAUUUCAACCGGAGAAGCCGCCAUUGUUCGCGAACAACCUGUGCAAGAGAGCGAAGGUGUGUUCGCGCCUGAUCGUAAAGUUGAUUCGUUCACUGCUGAAAGUAAUGUCAACUUGCUUGAAAGUAUCACUGUGUCGACUGUUGAUUCUCAACAUCACGAAUCGGCACUCACUGUUGAGGAGAGUAAGAAGGUCACGGCUGACCUUAAUAUCGUUGAGCAAACCUCAGUCGUUACUCUUGAGACUGUCACUUCGGAAAAAGAACGUGAGUACAAACCAGAUGAGAAGCCCACUACGAAGAUGGCUGACACUUCAAUUUUCCCAUUGGAAGUUGGUUCCGUGUCGGCUUUGAUCAUACAGGAGUCCGAAGGCGAAUACAGUCCUGAUAAGAAACCACUCGCUGCGCUUGCAGAGACUUCAGUCAGACCGGAAGAAUACUUUGAAGUUUCAGAGGUUCAAACAGCUGACUAUCCAGCGGAAUUCAAGGACAGUCUGAAGUUCGUCACUGAAAGCAGUACCGUGUCGGUUCAGUUGAGCGAGGCCAAAAUUAUAGAGGAAACUCUCAUUCAUGAUCGCGAAGACGAAAUGAAGGACGCCGUUAGACCGGAUGAACAAACUAUCGAGACUUCCUACAAAGCGAUCAAGGGAGUUGAAGUUUUCCAAACUACUUCGGUAGAAAAGGAGGGCGAAUUACAGGUGUAUGAUUUACCAGAGAGUCACAAAGGAAAGGCAGUACCAACACAACCGGUACAGUCUCUUCAGGUAGAAGAAACUCAACCCGAUGAUAACCUUAGCGACAUCACCAAGGAUCUGCCAUCCAUGGCGAAGGCCAAAGUAAAGCAAACAAAUCUUCAGGAAACCGUAGUGGACGAGACUGUUCCUGCGGAAGGUCUUGCGCCUGUAGAAAAAGACAAGGUACCGGACUUCAAGGUAGCUGAAGUUGCCCUGAAUGAGAUAGAAGGUGUGCACACAACCGAGGUCGUGGUUACUGAGAAAGAAACAGAAUACGCGGAGGUUACCCAAGCCAAAGAGGUUUUUGCAACUACGGAAUUCGCGACGCAGGUCGCCGCAACCCACGAGGAGGUCAGAACUGAGUCACCAACUGGUGAAGUUCCUGAAGAGAAGCCUACCAGGGGAACAGCGAUACAGACGCAACUUCCACUGGAGAGCAUAACUGUGAACCUUCAGGAAAUUGCCGAAAAGGAAGAUAUCUACCAAGCUGAUGUCAAACCUGAUCAGAAAACCGCUAACGUCGAAUAUUCCGAAGCGAAACCAGGUGCAACAGUCCUAGAAGUACUGACUCACGAUGCUGAGAACAUCUACACGCCUGAAACGAAGCCUCAGGACUUCACGGCCCAAACGUCAUUCACAGGACACCCUAUAGCUGUCAAAUCAGAAACAGUAAUCGAAGACAGUACUGGAAAGAUGAGUAUCGAACAGCCAAGGAGCACGAAAGCUUUUGAGAAGCAAGAGGCAUUUGAGGAAUUGAUAAUUACUGAAACGCACAUUGGUGAAGUGGAGAAGCCUAGAGAAGACGACGUGAAGCCUUUGAGUCAAAAUGCUGACGUCAAUAUGACUACCACUGAAAAUUUGACAGUGACUGAAGUUGUCAGCGAACUCAAGGAAAACGUUCUCACUGUCGAAGAAAAACCAAAAGAACGUACAGUCGUCGUAGAUUUAAUUUCUGGUCACGAAGUGGCCCAAACCCAAGAAACCAUCAUAGCCAACAACGUAGACGAGCUAGCGGAAGUAAAACCAAAAUCCGCGAGUGCAACUCAAAAACAAGAAGGCCUGGAAAUCGUUCAACAUUCGGAAACAUCCGUUUCGGAGAAAGAAGCUCCAUUGGAGAUGGACAUUAAACCGGAAAGUAAAACAGUGGACGUAACGUUCGAAGAGGGCGAAGGUAUCAAGAUCACAACGACGCAGCCUGAAGAUAAGGAAGGUCAAUUGGAAGAUCAAGUAAAACCAAAAACAGUCGAAGCCACUGUAGAUUUUGAGGUUCAAGGUGUGGCGUCUAAAUUUGAAAUUCUAACCGAUACCGGAAUUUCCGAAUUGACUACCGAAAUUCCCAAAGAUGUCAAACCGAAGACCACUCUUCUGCCUUUCGAAAGUGUCAUAGCCGAGGAGGUGCUCACCAGAGAAACCGAAGCGCCGUUUUCCGAGAUUCUUCCAACUGACAAGAGAGCUCACCUCGAGUUCCAGGUCGGUGAGGGUUUGAUCGUUUCCGCCGUCACCGUAGAGGACAAAGAGAGUCAGUUACCAGAAGCUGAAAAGCCUCAAAGUAAAUUAGCAACGUUUGAUGUUCCCACUCACGGGGUCGCCCAAGUGACUGAAACAGUUACCGAGGACAAUACUGCUAAGUUCAGUCCAAAAGCGACUGAAACUGCCACAGCAAGUGCUGACCACGUGACAUUCCAUAGCGUGAUCACUUCGGAAACGUCGACUGGAGACCUUGAACAGCCUCUAACAGACUUUGUCAAACCGGAAGAGAAGAAGGUCAGCGUGGCAUUCGAGGAAGUUGUUGGCAUGACUGUUACUCAAACAAUAGCAGAGGACAAGGAGCAGGAGUACGAAGGCAAACCGGAAGUAGAAGGUAAAAAAGCCACAACGAGUUACGACGCACACAAAGUAGCCGAAUUGACUGAAGUAACACUAGCGACUCACCCUGGUGAUUUGGACACUAAGAAGCCAGAAUCCGCCGUCGCAAAGGAGGAGCGUUUGCCUUUCGAAAGUAUCGUCCAGACGGAAGCUAUUGUAUCUGAAACAGAAAAAGAAUUCCAUGAGAAGCCUGCACUGGCUACGAACACUGCAAAUGUCACUAUUGGCGAGAAUAUUAACGUGACGAUAACGGAAGUCACUACUGAAGACAGAGAGAGCACUUUCGAAGUUCCCGAAAAACCAGCCGAGCGAGUCGCGUUAGUUGACGUCACGGGACACGUGAUAGCUGAGAAGUCUGAAGUAACACCGGACUUCAGUACCGAAAAAUUAGAAGAAACGAAACCAGUAUCAGCGUCAGCUAUCCCAUCUCAAAUGCCACUGGAAAGUAUCGUUCAAUCUGUAACGGAAGUUGCGGAAGCUGAAGGUCCAUUGUCAAAGGACAAACUGCCUUUGCAAGCCAUAGCUGAUUUCUCAGUGGUCGAAGAACAAGGAAUAGUAGUAUCUUCGGUCACAUUGGAAGAUAAAGAAGAACUAUACAAACCCAGAGAACUUCCGGAAAUACGUACAGCUGACAAGACCUUAGCUGGUGGCCACGUGGUAGCACAGACUACUGAGCACGUCGUUGACUUCAGCACAGAAAAUCUUACCGAAGAGAAACCAAUUUCUUCCAUUGCUAAAAGGGAACAGAUACCAUUCACUCCAGUUGUCCAAACGCAACCAAUUGUCCAGGAGAAAGAGGACAACUUUGUACCUGAUAGAAAACCGGAAGACAGGACCGCAAAUGUUGAUUUCGAAUUGGACAGAACUGUCACUGUCUCUGAGGUCACUCUUGGUGAUAAAGAAUUAACGUAUACCCCGGAACAACAACCUUCAGAACGUGUUGCGUCUUUAAACAUCAACCAGACCCACGAAAUAGCCGAAACUUCAUCCAUUGUUGUCGAAGACACCUUCAAAGAUGUUGAAUAUCAGAAACCGGAUACCAAAGUGGCGUUAUCUACACAGGAAGUGUAUCAGAGCGUGAUAGUAUCUCAGGAUAUUUCACAGGACCAAGAGCAACCUUUCGAAGGUAAAUUUAAACCGGAAACGAAAGAUAUUACUGUGUCGGUUGAAGAAGGGAAGCGCGUGACUACUGUCACCGAGGUAAUAACAGAGAACAAAGAAGGUUCGCUGGAUGAUCUGAAGAAACCAAAAGAUCAGUCUGCAAAACCUGCGAUUGUAUCUGGUCACGAAGUGGCAGAGAAAUCCGAAGUAAUACCUAGUAUGGGCACUGGUGAAAUUGAAGUAAUAAAGCCCAUAACAGCCACAGCUCACGUGGGACAGAAGCCGUUCGAAACUGUUGAAAUGUCUGAAGAAAUACUUGGUGAGAAGGAAAUUGAUAGAUUGGAAGUAAAACCAAUAACGAGCAAAGCGAGAAUUACUUUGGACGAAGAGAAGUCAAUAACAGUGACGGAGACUACGACGCAGGAUGUCGAAUCUGAAUUCACAGAGCCAAAGAGACCUCAACAAGGCACAGCGAAAACUUCGAUCGAAGGCAAAGAAGUUGCUGAGCAGAGUGAAGUCACCCCGAGAGAAGGUGUUGAGGAAAUGUCAAUUCCAAAGCCGAUCACAGCUUCAGCUCAUGAGACCCAAUCGACCUUGGAAAGUCUGAGCAUCAGUGAAGCUGUUGCUGAAGAGCUCAGUAAAGAUUUCGAAGGGAAAUUCAAACCCGAUGAGAAACAAGUUAACAUCAGCUUCGUGGAAGGAAAGAGUAUUUCGGUAAGUCAGGUGGUUGCAGAAGACAAAGAAGUUGAGGUUAGCAUCACGAAGUAUCUGGAAAGUACAGCUCAGGUCAAGCUGACUCACGUUGGUAGAGACGUGGCUCAACAGGAAGAAGUAAUUUUAGGACAAAAUGUAGGAAGCGUCGAACCGUUCGAAAGUGACAAGCGCACAGCUCAUCCCAAGCAGGAUGUAUUCGAGCCUGUUAUUAUUGAGGAAGUUCCUGUGGGGGAAACAGAAAAAGAUUUUCAAGAUUUUCCAAAAUCAAUUGCGACUUCCGCUGUGCCUACCUUCGAGGAAGGGCACAGUAUCUCUGUGACGGAGGUUACGUCUGGUGAAGUUGAAAUUAGUCUGGAAGAUAAGAAGUUGAUGGAAUCGAGAACAGCUAUCAGUACUGUCAUUAUGGAACAUGGUUCUAUCGAGACAACAAUGGUUGAAUCCCAGGUUAAUAUACCAUCUGGAAAAGAGUUGGAGGAGAAGUUCACACCCCAACAGGCUGUUCGAGGUCAAGAACCUUAUGAAAGUAUAACAGUUACAGAAAGUCUGGUUGAAGAAUCUGAGAAGCCAUUCGAAGGUAGAUUCAAACCAGCAACACAGACAGCUAGUGUUGAUAUUCAGGAAGUGAAGUCCCUUCAAAUAUCUGAAACUGUGACGGAAGACAAGGAAGAUACUUUUGCUCCAAUGCAAAAGCAUGUGGAAGCGCAAGCCAAACCUGAAUUCAGCGUCUUCGAAAGUGUGGAGAAAUCGGAGGUAGAGACGAUUCAAACAAUUGGGCAUGUUGAAGAUAAAAAACUUAUUUCAUCACAGGCCACGUUGACGCAAACGACGUUAGAAAGUGUGACGAAUAUCGAAACGACCGUCGGAGAACGUGAAGAAAUCUUUGAGGGUAAAUUUAGACCCGAAGAACAGAAAGGUCGACCUCAAUGGGACGGUUUGAGUUCAGUUACCAUAACUGAAGUUGUGUCUAACGAGACUGAAGAUGUGCUUGCGAAACUUGAAAUACCAAAAGAUCAAAAGGCCCUGCCAAAUAUUUCCGGCAGAGAAAUCGCGGAAACAAGUCAGGUACUCACCGUGGCGAAUGUCGAAGAACUUGCAAAACCUACAGUUCCUGAAGAACAAAAGGGAAAACCAAAGGUAGAUGAAUUAGCGUCACUUACUAUUUCUCAAAUAAUUUCGAACGAAGCUGAAGAACUCCUUCCUAGUCCCGAAGUGCCUAAUGAGAAAACAGCUCAACCUAAUCUCUUCGGUAGAGAAAUAGCUGAGACGACGCAGAUAUUGACAGUAUCGAAUGUUGAAGAACUUGAAAAGCCAAAAGCUCCAGAAGAGCAAAAGAUCAGACCACGUCUCGACGAGCUUACGUCGCUCACAAUUUCUCAGGUUGUUUCCAGCGAAACUGAACAGCUGUUACCCAGUCCUGAAGUACCUACAGAGAAAACAGCUCAGCCUAACCUCUUCGGUAGAGAAAUAGCUGAAACGACGCAGAUAUUGACAGUAUCGAAUGUUGAAGAACUUGAAAAGCUUAAAGCUCCAGAAGAGCAAAAGAUCAAACCACGUCUCGAUGAGCUUACGUCGCUCACAAUUUCUCAGGUUGUUUCUAGCGAAACUGAACAGCUGUUACCCAGUCCUGAAGUACCUACAGAGAAAACAGCUCAGCCUAACCUCUUCGGUAGAGAAAUAGCUGAAACGACGCAGAUAUUGACAGUAUCGAAUGUUGAAGAACUUGAAAAGCUUAAAGCUCCAGAAGAGCAAAAGAUCAAACCACGUCUCGAUGAGCUUACGUCGCUCACAAUUUCUCAGGUUGUUUCUAGCGAAACUGAACAGCUGUUACCCAGUCCUGAAGUACCUACAGAGAAAACAGCUCAGCCUAAUCUGUUCGGUAGGGAAAUAGCUGAGACUACCCAGGUGUUGACAGUAACAAAUGUUGAGGAACUUGAAAAGUCUAAAGCUCCUGAUGAACAGAAAAUCAGACCACGUCUAGAUGAGCUGACAUCACUCACGGUUUCUCAGGUUGUUUCUAACGAAGCUGAACAAUUGCUUCCCAGUCCAGAAGUACCAACCGAGAAAACAGCUCAGCCUAAUCUAUUCGGUAGGGAAAUAGCUGAGACAACUCAAGUCUUGACAGUAUCGAAUGUUGAAGAACUUGAAAAGCCUAAAGCUCCAGAAGAGCAAAAGAUCAAACCACGUCUCGAUGAGCUGAAGUCGCUUACAGUUUCUCAAGUCGUUUCUAACGAAGCUGAACAGCUAUUACCCAGUCCUGAAGUUCCUACCGAAAAGACAGCACUGCCAAAUCUGUUUGGAAGAGAAAUAGCAGAGACCACUGAAGUGUUGACAAUCUCGAAUGUUGAAGAGCUAGAGAAAGCAAAACUUCCAGAAGAACAAAAAGGCAAACCACGACUGGAGGAGCUAUCGUCACUCACUGUUUCUCAAGUAGUGUCCAACGAAGCUGAAGAAUUGCUUCCUUCUCCUGAAGUUCCUACGGAAAAGACAGCACUACCAAAUCUAUUUGGUAGAGAAAUAGCUGAGACAACUCAAGUCUUGACAGUAUCGAAUGUUGAAGAGCUUGAGAAGCCUAAGGCGCCUGACGGACAAAAGAUCAAACCACGUUUGGAUGAACUGACGUCCCUAACUAUUUCUCAGGUCGUUUCCAAUGAAGCUGAACAACUACUGCCAAGUCCGGAAGUUCCCACUGAGCAGAUGGCACAGCCUAAUCUCUUUGGUAGAGAAAUAGCACAGACCACUCAAGUACUAACAGUGUCCAAUGUCGAAGAACUGGUAAAGAGCAAAGUGCCUGAGGAACAAAAGGGAAUACCAGAGCUAGAGGAAAUGAGUUCUGUAACGAUAUCCGAAGUAGUUUCGAGUGAAACUGAAAAUAUUUUAGAAAGUGCAGAAGUUCCAAAAGGACAAAGAGCAAUGCCGAACCUGUCAAGCAGGAAAGUGGCCCAAACUAUCGAGGUAGAGACAGUGACUAACGUGGAAGAACUACCAAAAGAAAAGGCACCGGAAAGCCAGAAAGGAAGACCAAAUUUGGAAGAGUUAUUAUCUCUCUCGGUAUCCGAAAUAACCUCCAGUGAGAUGGAGAAUUUAUUACCAAGUCCAGAGGUACCAACUAAACAAAUAGCAGAGCCAAAUCUAUCAGGUAGACAAGCGGCAGAGACAUCUCAGGUACUAACCUCAAACAUAACGGAAGAAAUUCCAAAACAGAAAGAACCGGAAUCUAAGAAAAUCAUUCCAGAGCAGAUACCAUUCGAGAGUCUCGAGCAGACUCAGCCAAUAACACAAGAAAGUGAAACGAAUCUGAUUCUCGAAAAAGCCAUAUCCAGCGUGCAAGCGGAUGUGAGCUUCCAAGUGACUGAGAGUCUUGUGAUAACUCAGGUAACACCAAAUGAGAAGGAAUCGAAGGAGGUCAUAAAGGGCGUGCCGACAGAGGUCAGCGCUCAACCUGAUGUUGUAAGACGUGAAGUAGCCGUAAAGUCCGAAGUCCUUCCCGAGGGUGUAGUAUCCGAAUUUAAUGUAGAGAAACCGAGCGCCAAAGUGGCCAAGGAAGUCGAGGAAAUAAAACAUAGCUUGAUAGUAACCGAACUUCAAACAGCGGGUGAACUAGAGUCAGAAAUGCCCGAGUCUGUUAAGCCUUUCUCAAAGUUAGUCAAUGUCUCGUUCGAGGCUGACCACCUGGAACAAAUAGUUGAAACAACAGAAGCACGAGCGCAACAACACACCACAACAUUAACACAACACACUACUAAACACGAAUACCCCGAUACAACACAGCAACCGACUAUUGAAUCUGACACCGAAGUCACCGAAGAGUACACGACGAAGUUCAGACGUGGAAGUAAGGACGAGGAUACAUCGGCUGUAAAGACAAAAACCACUAUUAUUCGUAAAAAGAAGUCGUCGUCGCCGAAUGAAGAUAACGUGGUAGUGAUUGAAGAAGAACUCGAAGAUAUAAAAUCGGCGCUGCCAACCAUACCGAAGAAACAGUUUAUGCCGAUUGAAGAAGUAACCGACACUUAUGAUGUAGAAGAAAUUAAGCCAUCAAGAAUUGAAGAGGCGGAAGAGGUUCCAAAACCAGAAGAAACUAAAAUUGAAGUAAAAGUUAUCGAUAUACAGCAAGAUGGAAAGAAUAAAAAGAUCGUGAAGAAGAAGAUUAUUAAGAAGCGUGGAAAGAAACGACAGGUUACUGAAGAAACUACGGUUGAGGAAGAGGGCAAAGAACCGAUUACAACAGUAGUUACGAAACCUAUUGAAGAUAUUCUCGAUGAUGAAACCGUAGAGGAUAUGUCCGAAUUUGCGGAAGAAACGCCUAUCGAGAAUGAGGAAAUUCGUGAACAAGUCAGCAUUACUAAAGAGGUCACUCCAGAGGGAAAAGCUAAGAAGACUACUAAAAAGAAGAUUCUAAAAAAGCUGGGAAAGAAACAUCAAGUGACUGAAGAGGUCACUGUCGAAGAAGAGGGCAAAGCUCCGGUAACCACCAUUACUGAGAAACCAGUUGAAGAAAUCAUCCCUGAUGAGUCAACUGAACCACUUCCAGUAACGCAAUUCGAGACACCAACCGAGACUGAAGAAGUCCGGGAACAGGUAACAGUAACCGAAGAGAUCACUCAUGAAGGCAAACCUAAGAAAACUACUAAAAAGAAGAUUAUCAGAAAGAAGGGCAAGAAGCAGCAGGUAACUGAAGAGGUUACUGUUGAAGAAGAGGGCAAGGCUCCAGUUAAAACUGUUACUGAGAAGCCAGUUGAAGAAAUCAUUCCUGAUGAAUCAACUGAACCGCUCACAAUGACAGAAUUACAGAGACCAACAGAAACUGAAGAAGUCCGUGAACAGGUAACAGUAACUGAAGAAAUCACUCAUGAAGGCAAACCUAAGAGAACUACUAAAAAGAAGAUUAUCAGAAAGAAGGGCAAGAAGCAGCAGGUAACUGAAGAGGUUACUGUUGAAGAAGAGGGCAAGGCUCCAGUUAAAACUGUUACUGAGAAGCCAGUUGAAGAAAUCAUCCCUGAUGAAUCAACUGAACCGCUCCCAGUAACAGAAUUCCAAAGACCAGCGGAAACUGAAGAAGUCCGCGAACAGGUAACAGUAACUGAAGAAAUAACUCAUGAGGGCAAACCUAAGAAAACUACUAAAAAGAAGAUUAUCAGAAAGAAGGGCAAGAAGCAACAGGUAACUGAAGAGGUUACUGUUGAAGAAGAGGGCAAGGCUCCGGUGACCACUGUUAUUAAGAAGCCAGUUGAAGAAAUCAUCCCUGAUGAAUCAACUGAAACACUUCCAAUGACAGAAUUACAGAGACCAACAGAAACUGAAGAAGUCCGUGAACAGGUAACAGUAACUGAAGAAAUCACUCAUGAAGGCAAACCUAAGAAAACUACUAAAAAGAAGAUUAUCAGAAAGAAGGGCAAGAAGCAACAGGUAACUGAAGAGGUUACUGUUGAAGAAGAGGGCAAGACUCCAAUUAAAACUGUUACUGAGAAGCCAGUUGAAGAAAUCAUUCCUGAUGAAUCAACUGAACCGCUCCCAGUAACAGAAUUCCAAAGACCAGCGGAAACUGAAGAAGUCCGCGAACAGGUAACAGUAACUGAAGAGAUCACUCAUGAGGGCAAACCUAAGAAAACUACUAAAAAGAAGAUAAUCAAAAAGAAGGGCAGGAAGCAACAGGUAACUGAAGAAGUCACUGUUGAAGAAGAGGGCAGAGCUCCAGUGACAACUAUUACAGAAAAACCAAUAGAAGAAGUUUUGUACGAAACCAUCAAACCAUUAUCAGUGCCUGAAUUGGACCAGCCUAAAGAGUCAGAGGAGGUUCGUGAACAGGUGACGGUGACAGAGGAAAUAACUCCCGAAGGUAAAUCGAAGAAAGUAAUUAAAAAGCAAGUUGUCAAGAAGAAGGGAAGAACGCAACAAGUAACUGAAGAAGAAACUGUUCAGGAGGAAGGAAAAGCUCCAGUAACACGAGUGAUUGAAAGACCGAUUGAAGAGAUCAUUUUCGAUGAAACAACUGGACCGAUUUCAGCGAUAAAGGCUGUGAAGCCUAUUGAAACUGAAGAAGUUCGAGAACAGGUUACCGUUACUGAAGAAGUCACUCACGAUGGCAAACCAAAAAGAAUCAUAAAGAAGAAGAUCAUCAAGAAGAAGGGCAGAAAACAGCAAGUUACAGAAGAAGUAACAAUUCAAGAAGGAGACAAGGCCCCUGUAACAAAAGUCAUUGAAAAGCCUGUAGAAGAAGUAUUGUACGACGAGACAACACAGUCAAUUCCCACAAUGGAAUUAGUACAACCUGGAGAAAGUGAAGAAAUUCGCGAACAGGUAACAGUCACUGAGGAGGUCACUCAUGAAGGUAAGCCUAAGAAAGUCAUUAAGAAAAGGAUCUUUAAGAAGAGAGGAAGAAAACAACAAGUUACUGAAGAAGAAACCAUUAUCGAGGAAGGCAAAGCUCCUAUAACAACAGUGACCGAAGUACCUGUUGAAGAAAUUCUUUACGACAAACCUGCUGAAAUUAUCCUGGUGCCUGAAACAGUGAAGCCUGAUGAUGUUGAAGAGGUUCAGGAACAGGUGACUGUGACAGAAGAAGUUACGUUGACAGGCAAACCAAAGAAAGUAACGAAAAGGCGCAUCACCAGUAAGAAGGGCAAGAAGCAACAGGUCACUGAAGAAGAGACUGUUGAAGAAGAAGGUAAAGCUCCUGUAACAACGGUAAUUGAGAAACCAGUUGAAGAGAUUCUGUAUGACGAAACAACUGAACCGUUGCCAGUUGUAGAAUUUGGUAAGCCAACUGAAUCUGAAGAAGUGCGUGAACAGGUUACGGUUACCGAGGAGACGACACCAGAAGGUAAAACGAAGAAAGUCAUCAAGAAGAAGAUCAUUAAAAAGAAGGGAAAGAAACAACAGGUUACUGAAGAAGAAACAGUUGUAGAGGAUGGUAAAGCUCCUGUGCUAACUGUGACUGAAAAGCCAGUUGAAGAGAUUAUCUAUGACGAAACCACUGAACCAUUGCCAAGUGUAGAGUUUGAAAAACCAACUGAAUCAGAAGAGGUACGAGAACAAGUAACUGUGACUGAGGAAAGAACACCUGAAGGUAAAACGAAGAAGGUCAUCAAGAAGAAGAUUAUCAAAAAGAAGGGAAAGAAACAACAAGUUACUGAAGAAGAAACCGUUGUCGAGGAUGGCAAAGCUCCGGUUGUAACUGUCACUGAAAAACCCAUUGAAGAAAUUCUCUAUGACGAAACUACGGAACCCCUACCAACUUUAGAGUUUGGAAAACCAACUGAAUCUGAAGAGGUAAGGGAACAAGUAACUGUAACUGAGGAAAAAACACGCGAGGGUAAAACAAGGAAAAUUAUUAAAAAGAAAAUUACCAAAAAGAAGGGGAAGAAGCAACAAGUAACUGAAGAAGAAACAGUUGUCGAAGAUGGUGCAGCUCCGAUUGUAACAGUAACUGAGAAACCUGUUGAAGAAAUUAUUUACGACGACAGGGUUGAACCAUUGCCUGGGCCUGAAUUAGUUAAACCAUUCGAAUCUGAAGAAGUGCGCGAACAAGUUACUGUUACCGAAGAGACGACUCCAGAAGGUAAAACAAAGAAAGUCAUCAAGAAGAAGAUCAUUAAAAAGAAAGGAAGGAAACAACAGGUUACCGAAGAAGAAACAGUUGUAGAAGAAGGUAAAGCUCCUGUGCUGACAGUAACUGAAAAACCAGUUGAAGAAAUUCUAUAUGAUGACACUGUCCACGCCUUCCCAGGCCCAGAAAGCGUUAAACCUGUUGAAUCAGAGGAAACUCGUGAACAGGUGACAGUAACCGAAGAAAUAACACACGAGGGCAAACCUAGAAAAGUGAUUAGGAAGAAGAUCUUCAAAAAGAAAGGUAAGAAGCAACAAGUAACAGAAGAACAGACUGUGCUAGAGGAAGGCAAAGCUCCAGUGACAACAGUCACUCAGUUACCAGUCGAAGAGGUCAUUUAUGAUGAUUCUCUUGUGCCUCUCGCUGCUCCUGAAUUUAUCGAACCCACUGAAUCAGAAGAAGUUCAGGAACAAGUGACAGUGACAAAGGAUAUAACACCGGAGGGUAAAGAGAAGAAGAUUAUCAAGAAGAAGAUAAUCAGAAAGAAGGGACGAAAGCAACAAGUGACUGAAGAAGAGAUCAUUGAAGAGCAAGGAAAAGCUCCUGUGACUAAAGUCACUGAAAAGCCAGUGGAAGAAAUUCUUUACGACGAAACCACUGAACCUUUGCCGGUGCCUGAAUUCAUGAAGCCUGAUGAAAGUGAAGAAGUUCGUGAACAAGUAACUGCUACCGAAGAAAUCACACCUGAGGGUAAACGUAAGAAAGUUAUCAAGAGACGUAUUAUCAAAAAGAAAGGUAAGAAACAGCAAAUCACUGAAGAAGAAACUGUAGUGGAGGAUGAUAAGGCUCCAGUGACCACUAUUACUGAAAUACCUGUUGAAGAAAUACUUUACGAUGAAACAGCUAAACCAUUACCUGCACCAGAAAUGAUAACACCUGAUGAAACAGAAGAAGUACAGGAAGAGGUAACCGUCACUCAGGAAACAACAAAGGAAGGCAAACCAAAGAAAAUCAUUAAAAAGAGAAUUUCUAAGAAGAAGGAUAAUAAGCGACAAGUCACUGAUGUGAUAACUGUUGAAGAAGAGGGUAAGGCUCCUGUUACAUCGGUUAUCGAACAACCCGAGGAAGAGAUAAUUUCAGAAGAGACAAUUAAGCCUCUUCCUGAAAUGAAAGAGAUUGCACCUACAGAUGUUGACGAAACUCGUGAACAAGUAACAGUGACUGAGGAAGUAACUCAUGAAGGAAAACUAAAGAAAGUCACCAAGAAACGUAUCGUCAAAAAGAAGGGCAUCAAACAACAAGUAACAGAACAAACAACAGUUGAAGAAGAAGGAAAGGCCCCAGUAACUGAAGAGAUUGAACAACCAGUUGAGGAAGUCUUAUACGACGAAGAAAUUCAACCAGGAGAUGAAAAGUCUCCCGAAGAUGAAACUGUGCGCCAUCAACUGACUGUGACUGACGAGAUCACGCCUGAAGGUAAAUCCAAGAAGAUCAUCAAAAAGAGGAUUACGAGAAAGAAGGGAAAACGCCAAAAAGUUACGGAAGAAGUUACUAUUCAAGAAGAUGGAAAAGAACCUAUCACUUCUGUCAUUGAACAACCAGAAGAAGAUAUUAUAUUCGAUGAACCUAUCGAGACUUCGACAGCUACAAAACCAAUGAAAAAGGUUAAGAAAAUUAUCAAAAAGAAGCCAAAACAUCCAGGCGAAGUUGAAGAACAACCAGAACUCCCGGAAGACGUUUCCAAGGAUGUUAAGGAACCAAAACAAAAAGCAAAACCUGGAUUGGUGAAGAUGCAAAUAACAGAAGUCAAGCCAACCAAGUUGAAGAUCGGAAAACCUGAACCCGAGCAGCCGCAAUUUGCACAGAUUAAACUAAAGAAGGCUCCAAUAGUGAAACGAAAGGAUGGAAAGAAAGAUAAAUUCCCGAAGGUCCUUCUGCGCAGUCGUAUCAAAUUCUUCGAUUGGCCACCUGGCAUGAGGUUCCCAAAAAUAAGUUUCCUCGAACCAAUAGACGUUCAAAAUGGUGAACUCUCUCGAAAUGUGGAGGAUGCAUUAAAACUAAAAAAGAUCAAACAAAAGAAACGUAAGCCUCAGGAAAGAGAUGAAGUUGAUUUAGAGAAACUUGAUCUGGAAUUCGAAGAACUGAAGAAAGUCCCGCUAGAAAAGGUUGAAGACCAAUCAGUUUAUGAAAGACAACCUAAACCAGAAAAGCCGAAAGAAAAACCAAAAGAGAAGCUAAAAAUUGGUAAAGGUAAAGUUCCUGAAAAGGAAGAGGAGGAACCAGAGAAGGUCAGUUUGAAGAAAAUUCCUCAGAAGGAGACUAAAGAUACCGAAGAAUUGAAGCCUACUCCUAAAAAGAAAGAGAAAGCCGCUCCUGAAAAGAAACCAAAGGAUCAAGCUGAAUAUCCUGAAGCUCCUGAAUUUAAACCAUAUGAUAUUGACUUUACCGAACCAGAGCAUGCUGAGCGAGAACCACUGGAAUUCGGCCAAGAGGAAAAACCUGUUAUUGGACCAGAAGAAAAGAAAAAACCAAAACGCAAACCUAAGAAACCAAUACAAGAAGAGGAGCAAAUUCCAAUAGUCCCCGGAAUUCCUAAGAAAAAGGAACCAGAAGAAACUCCGGAUAAGAAAUUCCGAAUUCCUCAACGAGACAAACCCGACGAGGAUAAAGAAGAUGUUAACCUAAAGCCCUGGAUAAAGCCAAAAGAUGCCAACGAAGAAGAAAAACCACACGACGAUACUCUUAAAUUUAUUCCAUCUGACCAAGAUGAGGUCCCAGACUCCGUGGAAAUUAUAACAACUGAACAUAUUGAGGAGACUCCAGAUAAGAAACAUAAAAAGGUUACGAAAAAGCACAUUCUCAAAAAGAAAGGAAAGAAGCAACAAGUGGUUGAAGAAACAACCGUUGAGGAGGACGGAAAGGAACCAGUCACAACCGUUACUGAAGAACCAGUUGAAGAAAUUGUAUCUGAGAAGACAAUAGUACCAAGACCUGUUGAGGAGGCUGAAGUUCCAGAAGAUGUCGAAAUUCGUGAACAAGUUACUGUUACCGAAGUUACACCAGAGGAUGGUAAACCAAAGAAAAUCACAAAGAAAAAGAUCGCUGUGAAACGCGGUAAGAAACGAACAGUCACGGUCGAAGAAACGGUUGAAGAAGAAGGAAGCGCUCCGAUUACUACAGUGACUGAAUUACCUACAGAGGAAGUAAUCGAAGAGGAGACUUACACGCCCUUACCGAUUACCGAAGAAUUUAAACCGACCGUCGAGGAAGUGACCGAGCAAGUGACUGUAACCGAAGAAGUUACGCCCGAAGGUAUUCCAAAGAAAAUUACUAAGAAACGGAUAUUGAAAAAGAAGGGUAAAGAUCAGAAGGUAGUUGAAGAGGUCACAGUCGAAGAGGUCGGUAAAGUUCCGGUGAAGAGCAUGACUGAGAAACCUCUCGAGGAGAUUCCUGUCUUAGAGUAUCCUGAAGAAGAGCACGCAAUUCCCACAGAGGAAGUUCGCGAACAAGUUACUGUCACUCGCCAGGUAACUGCCGAAGGAAAACCAAAGAAAGUUACCAAGAAACUCAUCACCAGAAAGAGAGGCAAAAAACAACAAGUAACUGAAGAAACAGUUGUCGAAGAGGAAGGCAAAGCCCCAGUUGUUACAGUAACGGAACAGCCUAUGGAAGAGGUACUUCCUGAGGAAGAUAUGGAAGCUCUUCCUGCCCCGGAAGAAGUGACACCAACAACUGUUGAGGAAGUCAGAGAGCAAGUUACGGUAACGGAAGAAGUCACUGAGGAGGGUAAACCACGCAAGAUCGUUAAAAGGAAGAUCACGAAGAAACGCGGUAAGAAACAACAGGUUACUGAGGAAGUGACUGUUGAAGAAGAAGGUAAACCCGCUGUCACUUCCGUGACUGAAAUACCUGAAGAGGACAUUCCUGAAAGAGAUGAACCGAAAGUCGUUGAAGAGAUUCGCGAAGAGGUCAAGGUUCAAGAAGAAGUCACAUCUGAAGGAAAACCAAAGAGAAUCGUCAAAAAGAAGGUGACUAAGACUCGAGGAAAGAAACAACAAGUAACUGAAGAAGUCACAGUGAUGGAAGAAGGCAAAGCUCCAAUUACGAUUAUUAGCGAAAAACCGGUGGAAGAGAUUGUUGAUGAAGAGCCUAUCGAGUACUUCCCUGCCACCGAGGAGCAACAAGCGGUUCCCGUAGAAGAGGUACAGGAACGAAUCAGUGUUACUGAAGAGGUAACUCAUGAAGGAAAACCUAAGAAAGUGGUUAAGAAGCGCAUAACUAGGAAAAGCGGAAAGAAACAGCAAGUUACUGAAGAGAUCACCGUUGAAGAAGAAGGAAAGGCGCCAGUUAAGAGUGUAAUUGAGAAACCUGUUGAAGAAAUCGUUUUUGAUGAAACCACUUCACCAUUACCAGCUCUGGAGUAUAAGACACCUUCGGAAGUUGAAGAAGUUCGUGAACAGAUCACUGUUACUGAGGAGGUCACGCCUGAAGGAAAACCGAGGAAGACUGUUAAGAAGCGCAUCACAAAGAAGAAGGGUGAUAAACAACAGGUCGUUGAGGAAAGUACCGUUGAAGAAGAAGGAAAGGCUCCAGUUACCACGGUCACUGAAGAACCAGUCGAAGAAAUUCUCUUUGAGGAAACCAUCAAGCCUCUGCCAAUUGAAGAGGAUAAACCGGAAGUUGUGGAAGAGACCUCUGAAACUAAAGUGACAGAAGAAGUCACUCCUGAAGGCAAGCCUAAGAAGAUCACGAAAAAGCGAGUUGUAAAAAAGAAAGGAAAGAUUCAACAAGUUACUGAAGAGACCACUGUUGAAGAAGAAGGCAAAGCACCCGUUACGACAGUCAUUGAAGAGCCGAUAAAACCAAUUGAACCGGUUCCUGAAGACAAAGUCAAGACCAAGAAGGUCGUGAAACGCCCGAAGAAGACACCCAAGACACCAGAGGAAGUUGAGAAUCUUGAGGCGCUCAAAAAGAAACUGAAACCGCAAUUGGUGAAACUCGAGAUGACUGAAGUGAAACCAACAAAAUUAAAGGUCGACCAACCUGAUAAACCACAAUUCGGUCAGAUUAAGUUGAAGAAGGCUCCACUUGUUAAACGUAAGGAUGGUAAGAAGGACAAAUUCCCAAAAGUAAUACUACGAAGUCGGAUUACGUUCUUCGACUGGCCACCUGGUGAGCGAAAACCCAAAAUAUCCUUCAUCGAACCGAACGAGGUUCAAAAUGGAAUUCUUUCUCGAAACGUAGAAGAUGCUCUUAAAUUAAAGAAAAUUAAGAAGAGAAAGACAAAACUUCCUGAGAAAGAGGUGCCUGAUCUCGAAAAGUUAGACCAGGAAUUCGAAGAACUAAAGAAGGUGCCGCUGGAGAAAAUCGAAGACAAAUCGGUUUAUGAGCGACAACCAAAACCUAAAAAGCCAGAAGAGACUGAACCAGAGAAACUUAAGAUCGGCAAAGGUAAGGUUCCGAAACAGGAGGAAAAAGAGCCCGAGAAAGUGAGCCUCAAAAAGAUUCCCAAGAAAGAAGGCGAGGAACCAGAAGAGCUAAAACCAGUUCCUAAGAAGAAGGAGAAACCAGAAAAGGUUAAAAAGAUUUCAGAAGAUAAGGAACAGCCCAAACUUGCGCCAUUCGAACCACACGAUAUUGAGUUCACUGAACCCGAAAGGGAGGAAAGGGAACCCUUGGAAUAUCCUGAUGAGGAGGAACAGAAACCUGAAACUCCAGCUAAAAAGAAGCCUACGAAGAAGGUGAAGAAACCAGUCCAAGAUACUGAAGCAACUCAAAUCGUUCCUGGUAUUCCAAAGAAACCAGAAGAAGAGGAGAAACCUGAUCUGAAGUUGAAAUAUCGUCAAGGUGAAAUACCUGAGGAGAAACCCGAGGACAUUAAACUGAAACCUUGGAAAAAGCCUGGCGGUCAAGAGGACAAGGAUGCGCAGCCUGAGGAUGAAAUCAAAUUUAUUCCUAAGGAUGAUGACGUUGCUGAAACAGUGGACACAAUUGUCACUGAACAAAUAGAAGAAACUCCAGAUAAGAAACAAAAGAAAAUUAUCAAGAAGAAGAUAGUUAAGAGAAAAGGAAAAGAAAAGCCUAAGAUUACUGAAGAAGUAACUGUAGAAGAGGAUGAUAAGGAGCCUGUGACAACAAUUACUGAACUUCCUGCCGAGCAAACCAUCGAGGAUGAAACAACCGAACCAAUUCCUGAAUUGCUAGAGAAGCAAGAGCCAACUGUGGUUGAAGAGGUGCGCGAGGAAAUUAAGGUUACGGAAGAAGUAACUGAGGAAGGUAUACCUAAAAAGGUAACGAAGAAAAAGAUUGUCAAAAAACGCGGCAAGGACAAGAAGGUUACUCAAGAAGUUACUGUUGAGGAAGAAGGUAAAGAACCCGUUACGACAGUUACUGAAGAGCCACUGCCAGAAUUUGAUGAUCUGCCGGAGAUCGAAGAUUACAAGCCAUUGCCAAUUCCUGAAGCAAAGACAAAAUCCAAGAAGGUACCCAAGAAGAAGCAGCGUAAACCAAUUGAGAAAACACCAGAAGAACUGGAAAAUAUUGAAGCGAUCAAAAAGAAGCUAAGACCACAGUUGAUGAAGAUCGAAAUAACAGAGCAAAAACCAAUGAAACUGAAGAUCGGGGAGCCGGAAACUCCGACGUUUGCCAAAAUAAAAUUGAAAAAGGCACCAAUUUCUCGUAAACCAAAGGAUAAAGACGAGAAGGAUAAAUUCCCGAAGGUCUUACUUCGUAGCAGGAUCGUCCACCAUGAAUGGCCGCCAGGCAUGAAAUACCCUGCAAUAUCCUUCAUAGAACCAAACUACAUUCAAAAUGGUAUACUUUCACGUAAUAUGGAGGAUGCACUAAAAUUGAAGAAGAUCAAACGCAAGAAGACCAAACCUACAGAUAAGGAGUUGACUGAUUUAGAAAAACUGGAUUUGGAGUUUGAAGAUUUGAAGAAGACUCCUCUUGAACAGGUCGAAGAUAAAUCUAUAUAUGAGCGCCAACCCAAACCCAAGAAACCCAAAGAGGAAGAACCGGAGAAGUUGAAAAUAGGUAAAGGCAAGGUGCCUCCUAAGGAGGAGCCCGAAGAAGAAAAGGUUAAACUAAAGAAAAUCCCAACUAAGAAGCCCGAUGAACCCGAAGAGGUUGAACGUAUCCCGAAAAAGAAGGAGAAACCAGAGAAAAAGAAGGAACCGAAGGAAGAAAAGGAGUAUCCCGAACUUCCUGGUUUCGAGCCCUACGAAAUAAAAUCAGAAGAACCAGAACUUGAAGAGAGGGAACCUUUGGAAUUCCCCAAGGACGAAAAGUCACCCUCAGAAAAGCCCUCGAAGAAGAAGCCCAAAACGAAACCAAAGAAACCGGAACAGGAAGGUGAGUCCAUUCCAAUCGUUCCGGGCGUGCCCAAAAAAGAAGAGCCUGAAGAAGAACCCGAAAAGAAAUUCCGAAUUCCUCAUCGCGAUAAGCCCGAAGAACAGCCCGAAGAAAUAAAACUGAAACCAUGGAAAAAGCCCGAUGAACCUCUUGAAGAGGACAAGAAGCCCCACGAUACGAUCAAGUUCGUACCAAAGGACGAAGAUAUAGUAGAGACGGUUGAGACAAUCACAACCGAAGAAAUUGAAGAGACUGAUGAUAAGAAACCCAAGAAAAUCGUGAAAAAGAUAAUCAAAAAGCGUGGCAAAGAAAAGCCACGUGUCACGAAAGAAGUGACGGUUGUCGAAGAGGGCGUUGAGCCCGUGACGACCGUCACUGUUGAAGAUGUUGAUGAAGAUAAAUUGGAACCUCUUCCGGAAGAGAAACCGGAAGAACUACGACCGAAUGUUGUAGAAGAAGUGCGAGAAGAAGUAACAGUGUCGGAAGUUGUGACAGAAGAAGGAAAGCCAAUCAAGAUACAGAAGAAAAGAACAGUGAAGAGGCGCGGCGGUAAGGAAGAAGUUCGUGAAGAGGUAACAGUUGAAGAAGAAGGUAAAGAGCCGGUUACGACGAUAACCGAACUUCCUGAAGACAUUACACCAAAAAUACACAAAAAACCCAAACACAAAAAACCAACACAACCCACUGACGAUGAACAGGUGCCAGAAGGUGUCCUGGAGGAAACUGUGCAAGAGGAAGUUAUCGAAGAAGUCGUCGAAGAAAUACCUGGAAGAAAGAUCACAAAGAAGAAGAAGAUAAAGCCGGUGAAGGAUGAGGUUACGGAGGAGGUUGUCGAAGAAAUUGUCACAGAAGAAGUAAUUCCGGAGGAAGCAAAACCUGUCAUAGAAGAAGAGGAAAUCGUCGAAAUUGUCGAAACGCCUACGCAAAAAAUCGUCAAGAAGAAAAAGAAACCAGUCAAGAAAGAUGAACCUGAAGAAAUAGUGGAAGAAGUCAUUGAGAAGCCCAUCGAAGAGACAAUUGCCAUGGAGGAGCAGGAAAUAGUUGAAAUCGUGGAAACACCAACAAAGAAAAUUAUCAAGAAGAAAAAGGCAGUCACUCGUGACGAUGGGGUGCCUGAAGAGGUCAUUGAAGAAAUAGUCAUUAAAAAGCCAAAGAAAGAAAAGGCAAAGCCUGUCGUAGAGGAAGAGGAAAUUGUGAAAGUAACUGAAAUCGAUGUUAAAAAGGCUCCGGAGAAGAAACCCAAGGAAGAAGUGGUAGAAGAGGAGGAGAUUAUAGAAACUGUGGAAACGCCAAAGAAAAAGAUCUUAAAGAUAAAGAAGAAGCCUACCAAGAAGGGCGAGCCUGAAGAAAUCGUGGAACAAGUCAUCGAGAAGCCUAUCGAAGAGUCAAGUGUGAUGGAAGAACAACAAAUUGUUGAAAUAACAGAAACACCGACAAAGAAAGUCAUUAAGAAAAAGAAGACCAUUACGAGGGAUGAUGGUGUACCGGAGGAAGUCGUCGAAGAGAUCGUCAUUGAGAAGCCAAAGAAAGAAAAAGCCAAGCCAAUAGUUGAAGAAGAGGAGACAGUAAAGAUAACUGAAGUUGAUGUGAAGAAGGCACCUGAAAAGAAGCCAAAGAAGAAGAUGGUCGUAGAAGAAGAAGAAGAAGUGAUCGAAACCAUAGAAACUCCCACGAAAAAGAUCAUUAGGAAAAAGAAGCCAGUAAAGAAAGAUGAACCUGAGGAAAUAAUCGAAGAAGUAAUUCAGAAGCCUAUAGAAGAGACUACGGUAAUGGAGGAGCAACAGAUUGUUGAAAUUGUUGAAACUCCAACGAAGAAGGUGAUUAAGAAGAAGAAAGCAAUAGUCAGAGAUGACGGCGUGCCUGAGGAGGUCAUCGAAGAAAUUAUCAUUAAAAAACCAAAGAAGGAAAAGGCUAAGCCUAUCGUGGACGAGGAAGAAACGGUGGAGAUUACCGAAGUCGAAGUGAAAGAAGCGCCCGAAGAGACGGUUGAAGAAGAAAUUAUUGAGACAAUAGAAACGCCCACAAAGAAAAUUACAAAGAAAAAGAUAAAGCCAGCGAAGAAAGAUGCACCGGAAGAAAUUGUUGAGGAAAUAAUCGAAAAGCCCGUUGAAGAAGUCACUGUUAUGGAAGAACAACAGAUUGUUGAAAUCACCGAGACUCCAACGAAAAAAGUCAUCAAAAAGAAGAAGGCUGUUACUCGAGAUGAUGGUGUACCUGAAGAAGUUAUUGAAGAAAUUGUCAUUAAGAAACCAAAGAAGGAAAAAGCCAAACCCAUCGUUGAUGAACAGGAGACAAUUAAAAUCACCGAAGUGGAUGUUCAGGAAGCUCCGGAAGAAAAACCAGAGGAGGUUAUCGAAGAGGAGGAAAUCAUUGAAACCAUUGAAACACCCACAAAGAAGAUUACCAAAAAGAUAAAGAAACCAACCAAAAAGGAUGCUCCUAAAGAAAUAGUCGAAGAAAUCAUCGAAAAGCCUGUAGAAGAAACAAAGGUUAUGGAAGAACAACAAAUUGUUGAAAUCAUCGAGACGCCAACGAAAAAAGUCAUCAAAAAGAAGAAGGCUGUUACAAGGGAUGAUGGUGUACCUGAAGAGGUUAUUGAAGAAAUUGUCAUUAAGAAACCAAAGAAGGAAAAAGCCAAACCCAUCGUUGAUGAACAAGAGACAAUUAAAAUCACCGAAGUGGAUGUUCAGGAAGCUCCGGAAGAAAAACCGGAGGAGGUUAUCGAAGAGGAGGAAAUCAUUGAAACCAUUGAAACACCCACAAAGAAGAUUACCAAAAAGAUAAAGAAACCAACCAAAAAGGAUGCUCCUAAAGAAAUAGUCGAAGAAAUCAUCGAAAAGCCUGUAGAAGAAACAAAGGUUAUGGAAGAACAACAAAUUGUUGAAAUCAUCGAGACGCCAACGAAAAAAGUCAUCAAAAAGAAGAAGGCUGUUACAAGGGAUGAUGGAGUGCCUGAAGAAGUGGUAGAAGAAAUUGUCAUUGAGAAACCAAAGAAAGUGAAAGCCAAGAAGGAUGUUGUUCCUACAGAAGGCAUCGAAACAACCGAAGUCAUUACUGGUAGUACAACAGAGGAGCUUCCUAAGAAGAAGAAACCUAAAGCAGAAGAAGCCGUACCAGUUCAAGAGGAGGAUGAGAAGGUUGAAAUUACGGAGGUUUCGGUCAAAAAGGCACCUAAGAAAACGAAGAAGGGUAUUCCUGCAGAGGAAGAACAACCAGAAGAAGUUGUUGAAGUAAUUAAACCUGUGAAGCCUAAGAAAGAAAAGGCUAAGAAGGAUGUAAUUACCAAGGAAAGUAUUGAGACCACUGAAGUUAUUACUGAAACAGCUACGGAAGAGCUUCCAGAAGACAAAAAACCUGAAGAGGGAGAAGCAGUGCCUGUUGAAGAAAAGGAAGAGAAGGCUGCAGUUACUGAAGUUUCUGUAAAGAGGGCGCCUAAGAAGAAGAAGAAGGCUACGACUACAGAAGAAGAACAACCCGAAGAAGUGGUUGAAGAAAUAACUCCUGAGAAACCAAAGAAAGAGAAGGCCAAGAAAGAUGUUAUUCCAAAGGAGAGCAUUGAAACUACUGAAGUUGUAACUGGAACAACCACAGAAGAUCUUCCUAAAGACAAGAAACCUGACAAAGAAGAGGCCAAGCCUGUGGAAGAAGAAGAAGAGAAAGUCAAGAUUACUGAGGUUCCUGUGAAGAAAGCACUUAAGAAAAAGAAGAAGGCUACAACUACAGAAGAGGAACAACCCGAAGAAGAGGUUGAAGAAAUAAUUCCAGAGAAACCGAAGAAAGAAAAGGCCAAGAAAGAUGUUAUUCCGAAGGAGAGUAUCGAAACAACUGAAGUUGUAACUGAAACAACUACAGAAGAACUUCUUGAAGACAAGAAACCGAAGGAAGAGGAGGCUAAACAUGUAGACGAAGAAGAAGAAAAAGUUCAAAUUACUGAGGUGCCCGUAAAGAAAGCACCUAAAAAGAAGAAGAAGGCUACCCCAACUGAAGAAGAACAACCAGAAGAAGUGGUUGAAGAAAUUAUAACUGAGAAACCUAAAAAAGAAAAAGCUAAGAAAGAUAUUAUUCCUAAGGAAAGCAUUGAAACCACUGAAGUCAUUACCGAAACAACUACGGAAGAACUUCCUAAGGAUAAGAAACCUCAAGAGGAAGAAGCGGUGCCUGUAGAAGAAGAAGAAGAGAAAGUUGAAACUUCAGAAGUGCCAGUUAAGAAGGCACCGAAGAAAAAGAAGAAGGCCACUCCUGCAGAGGAGGAACAACCGGAGGAAGUUGUUGAGGAAAUCGUAAGUGAGAAGCCCAAGAAAGAGAGGGCUAAGAAAGACAUUAUUCCUAAAGAGAGCAUUGAAACCACUGAAGUUGUUACCGAAACAACUACGGAAGAACUUCCUAAGGAUGAGAAGCCUCAAGAGGAGGAAGCUGUACCUGUAGAAGAAGAGGAAGAGAAGGUUCAAAUUUCGGAAGUGCCAGUUAAAAAGGCACCUAAAAAGAAGAAGAAGGCCAUUUCCGCUGAAGAAGAGCAACCAGAGGAAGUUGUUGAGGAAAUCGCAACUGAGAAGCCCAAGAACGAGAAGGCUAAGAAAGACAUUAUUCCUAAAGAGAGCAUUGAAACCACUGAAGUUGUUACCGAAACAACUACGGAAGAACUUCCUAAGGAUGAGAAGCCUCAAGAGGAGGAAGCUGUACCUGUAGAAGAAGAGGAAGAGAAGGUUCAAAUUUCGGAAGUGCCAGUUAAAAAGGCACCUAAAAAGAAGAAGAAGGCCAUUUCCGCUGAAGAAGAGCAACCAGAGGAAGUUGUUGAGGAAAUCGCAACUGAGAAGCCCAAGAACGAGAAGGCUAAGAAAGAUAUUAUUCCUAAAGAAAGCAUUGAAACCACUGAAGUGUUUACCGAAACAAUUACGGAAGAACUUCCUAAGGAUAAGAAGCCUAAAGAGGAAGAAGCCGUGCCUGUAGAAGAAGAGGAAGAGAAGGUUGAAAUUUCGGAAGUGUCAGUUAAGAAGGCACUGAAGAAAAAGAAGAAAGCCACUCCUGCAGAGGAGGAACAACCAGAGGAAGUUGUUGAGGAGAUCACAACUGAGAAACCUAAGAAAGAAAAAGCCAAAAAGGAAAUUAUUCCCAAGGAAAGUAUCGAGACUACUGAGGUGAUCACUGAAACAACUACUGAAGAAAUCCCUGAGGAAAAACCGAAAGAAGAAGAAGCUGUUCCGGUCGAAGAAGAAGAAGAGAAAGCUGAUGUCACUGAAGUUCAAGUAAAGAAGGCAUUCAAGAAAAAGAAGGCUACUCCUUCAGAGGAAAAACAACCAGAGGAAGUUGUUGAGGAGAUCAUACCUGAAAAACCGAAAAAGGUGAAAGCCAAGAAAGACAUUAUUCCGAAGGAAAAUCUCGAAACGACAGAAGUGGUGGCUGAUAGCACCACCGAACAACUGCCGGAAGAAGAAAGACCAGAAGAAGAGGAAGCUAUACCUAUCGAAGAGAAGGAAGAAAAGGCUGAAGUUACGGAAGUUCCUGUGAAGAAAGCACCUAAGAAGAAGAAGUCUAUCUCAAUAGAAGAACAGAAACCUGAAGAAGCUGUACCCGAAGAACAGAAAGUAGAGAAACCCGAAGAAAAAGAAAAACCCGAAGAAGAAAAGAAGGUGGAGGAUGUUCCUCAAGGACAAACAACUGAAAAGGUUCCCAAGAAGAAGGUUAAGAAAAUCAAGAAGGCUCCAGCCAAAAAAGAUGAAAUUGAAGAAUGGGUUGAACCGGAAUACGAGAGACCAGUCUUAGAACCAAUGCCAGAAAAGAUUCAGUGGGAACCAUCGAAGAAAAAGAAGGAAAAGAAACCACUUCCUGAAGGUUUGCAAAAGUUGGUACCGCAAAAAAUCGAAAGGAAAGAAAUGAAAGCCACCAAAUUGAAGUUCUCGCAACCAGAGGAGGAGGUCCAAUUUGGUACCAUAAAACUGAAGAAGGCCACUGCCAUUAAAAAGAAGGAAGUGAAAACUCCCAAACUUCCUAAAAUUCUUUUACGUAGCCGUAUUACUUUCGUCGGUGAUUAUCCGCCUGAAUUACAAUUGCCGAAAAUAUCGUAUAUUGAAGAAAAUCCUAUUCAAAAUGGAAUCCUCUCAAGAAAUACUGCAGAAGCACUCGAGGUUCUCAAACAGAAGCGCAGGAAGACUAAGCUUCCUAAGAAAGAGACAACUGACUUAGAGAAGCUUGAUCAAGAAUUCGAAGAGCUGAAAAAGAUUCCUCUCGAGGAAAUCGAAGAUAAGUCAAUCUAUGAGCGCCAGCCAAAGAAGCCUGAAAAGAAACCAGAAGAACCACAAAAAUUGGUUAUUGGAAAAGGUAAGGUUCCGGAACAACAGAAGGAGGAGCCCGAAGAUAUAAAAUUAAAGAAGGUUCCAGAGAAAGCACCGGAGGUACAAGAAGAACCAAAGAAAAAACCAAUAAAAGAAGAACCGGAGGAAAAAGUACAAGAGAAAAAGAAAACAGAGCCUAAACCAAAACUUGAACAUGACGAGUUCAAGCCACUCGAUUUUGAGAGACCAGAACUUGAAGAAUAUGUUCCAGAAGAGUAUGAGGAACCUGAAAAACCAAAACCUGAACCUAGCCCGGAACCUUACAAGAAGCAGAAAAAGAAGAAGCCCGAUCAAGAGAUCGAACAAGUGCCCUUGGUUAAGGGCAAGCCUAAACCAGAUGAACCGGAAGAAGAGCCAGAUGUCAAAUUCAGGAUACCCACAUCCGAGAAACCUGAAGAGGAGCCUGAAACAAUUCUUCUUAAAGGAUGGAAGAAAGAUAAACCUGAAGACGAAGGUGUUGAAGAGUUUCCAGAAAAGGAGGACGAUACUGCUCCUAAAGUACCAAAAGAUGAUACCGAUGAAGUUACAAUAAAGAAAAAGAAAAAGACUAAAAAGCCUAAGGAAGAAGUGCCAGAGGAAGUUACACUGAAAAAACCUGCACCUGAGGAACCUGAAAAGCAAGAGCCUGAACAGCAAGUCGAGGAAGUAAGUUUGAUGAAGAAACCAAAGAAAGCACCUAUCGAAGAAGAGGCGGCAGAUGAAGUAACUAUUAAAAAACAUGUUCCUGAAGAACCUAAAAAGGAGGAAGAACAGAUCACAGAACAAGUAACUCUUAAGAAGCGGCCUAAGAAAAAACCUGUUGAGGAAGCAGCUGCAGAUGAAGUUACUAUCAAGGAACUUGUUCCUGAAGAACCGAAGAAAGAGCCCGAAGAAGUUACAGAGGAAGUCACUCUUAAGAAAAAGCCCAAGAAGAAGCCUGUUGAAGAGGAGGCAGCUGAUGAAGUGACUAUCAAGAAACUUGUUCCGGAAGAACCCAAGAAAGAGCCCGAAGAAGUUACAGAGGAAGUCACUCUUAAGAAAAAGCCCAAGAAGAAGCCUGUUGAAGAGGAGGCAGCUGAUGAAGUGACUAUCAAGAAACUUGUUCCGGAAGAACCCAAGAAAGAGCCCGAAGAAGUUACAGAGGAAGUCACUCUUAAGAAAAAGCCCAAGAAGAAGCCUGUUGAAGAGGAGGCAGCUGAUGAAGUGACUAUCAAGAAACUUGUUCCGGAAGAACCCAAGAAAGAGCCCGAAGAAGUUACAGAGGAAGUCACUCUUAAGAAAAAGCCCAAGAAGAAGCCUGUUGAAGAGGAGGCAGCUGAUGAAGUGACUAUCAAGAAACUUGUUCCGGAAGAAAGUGACUACAAGAAACUUGUUCCGGAGGAGGCGGCUGACGAAGUAACUAUCAAGAAACUUAUUCCGGAGGAACCAAAGAAAGAACUCGAAGAAGUUACAGAGGAAGUCACCGUUAAGAAAAAGCCCAAGAAGAAGCCUGUUGAAGAGGAGGCAGCUGAUGAAGUGACUAUCAAGAAACUUGUUCCGGAAGAACCCAAGAAAGAGCCUGAAGAAGUUACAGAGGAAGUCACUUUGAAGAAGAAGCCCAAGAAAAAGCCCGUUCCAGAGGAGGCGGCUGACGAAGUAACUAUCAAGAAACUUAUUCCGGAGGAACCAAAGAAAGAACUCGAAGAAGUUACAGAGGAAGUCACCGUUAAGAAAAAGCCCAAGAAGAAGCCUGUUGAAGAGGAGGCAGCUGACGAAGUGACUAUUAAGAAACUUGUUCUGGAGGAACCAAAGAAAGAGCCCGAAGAAGUUACAGAGGAAGUCACUCUUAAGAAAAAGCCCAAGAAGAAGCCUGUUGAAGAGGAGGCAGCUGACGAAGUGACUAUUAAGAAACUUGUUCUGGAGGAACCAAAGAAAGAGCCCGAAGAAGUUACAGAGGAAGUCACUCUUAAGAAAAAGCCCAAGAAGAAGCCUGUUGAAGAGGAGGCAGCUGACGAAGUGACUAUUAAGAAACUUGUUCUGGAGGAACCAAAGAAAGAGCCCGAAGAAGUUACAGAGGAAGUCACUCUUAAGAAAAAGCCCAAGAAGAAGCCUGUUGAAGAGGAGGCAGCUGAUGAAGUGACUAUCAAGAAACUUGUUCCGGAAGAACCCAAGAAAGAACCCGAAGAAGUUACAGAGGAAGUCACUUUGAAGAAGAAGCCCAAGAAGAAGCCCGUUGUAGAGGAGGCAGCCGACGAAGUAACUAUCAAGAAACUUGUUCCGGAGGAAACAAAGAAAGAGCCCGAAGAAGUUACAGAGGAAGUCACUCUUAAGAAAAAGCCCAAGAAGAAGCCUGUUGUAGAGGAGGCAGCUGACGAAGUGACUAUCAAGAAACUUGUUCCGGAGGAACCCAGGGAAGAGCCCGAAGAAGUUACAGAGGAAGUCACUCUUAAGAAAAAGCCCAAGAAGAAGCCUGUUGUAGAGGAGGCAGCUGACGAAGUGACUAUCAAGAAACUUGUUCCGGAGGAACCCAGGGAAGAGCCCGAAGAAGUUACAGAGGAAGUCACUCUUAAGAAAAAGCCCAAGAAGAAGCCUGUUGUAGAGGAGGCAGCUGACGAAGUGACUAUCAAGAAACUUGUUCCGGAGGAACCCAGGGAAGAGCCCGAAGAAGUUACAGAGGAAGUCACUCUUAAGAAAAAGCCCAAGAAGAAGCCUGUUGUAGAGGAGGCAGCUGACGAAGUGACUAUCAAGAAACUUGUUCCGGAGGAACCCAGGGAAGAGCCCGAAGAAGUUACAGAGGAAGUCACUCUUAAGAAAAAGCCCAAGAAGAAGCCUGUUGUAGAGGAGGCAGCUGACGAAGUGACUAUCAAGAAACUUGUUCCGGAGGAACCCAGGGAAGAGCCCGAAGAAGUUACAGAGGAAGUCACUUUAAAGAAGAAGCCGAAAAAGAAGCCCGUUGUAGAGGAGGCUGCAGAUGAAGUGACCAUAAAGAAAUUAGUGCCUGAAGAACCUAAAGACGAACCAACAGAGGUUACGGAGGAAGUCACUCUUAAGAAGAAACCAAAGAAAAAGCCAGUGAUUGAAGAAGCCGCGGACGAAGUUACAAUUAAGAAACUUGUACCGCAAGAGGCUGAAGAUGUCACCGAGGAAUUUAUGAUUAAGAGGAAAGCGCCAAAGAAACCAACAGUAACAGAAGAGGUGGAAGAGACUGAAUUCACAAUAAAGAAAACUCGUAAGCCGGCGGAGCCAACCGAAGAGGAGGAAGUAUCUGGCGAAGUAACACUAAAGAGAAAGACAAAGAAGAAGACAUUGGACGAAGCUGCUGAAGAGUUAACGAUUCGAAGGGUCGAAGAGAUCGAGCAACCUGAGGAGGAAGAGAUAAUCGAAGAGUUUACGUUCAAGAGGAAGCCACCGAAGAAGGCACCUAAACCGAUCGAAGAGAUUUAUGAGGACGUGACCCUUCGAAAACUCCGGCCAAAGAAAAAGCCACGUCCAGACAUUAAAGAAGUGACGGAAGUCGAAAAUGUGACAUUCCGACCUCGUUCCACCAAGACCAAGGAAGAUGUCGAGCAGGAAUUCAAGAUCUCUCUGAAUACUUACGAAGAAGAGGAUAUAUCGAUGUCCGGAAAGGUUCGCAUAAAGCCAAAGAAACGGCCUCUGACAUAUUCCGAAGAGACAGGAGAGGAAACCAUCCGAAUCAUCCAAGAGAUCGAGGAUGACGGCGGACCAAUUAUCGAAGAGAUCAUAGACGAGUCCGAUGAAGAAGGUAGAGACGAGUACAGCAUCGAGGAACUCGAAACGGACGAGUUCAACCUACCUCUCCGAAGAAAGACAAAGAAACAACCUCGACCUUACUCCGUGGAGGACUUUGAGGAAGGUGAUGUCAGUGUGAAACUAAAGAAGGACCGGAAGUACUCUUACGAAGAAACGGAUGAGUCUUUGGCGCUGAAAUUGAAAUCGAAGAAACGACCCUCUACUUAUGAUGAAGAAGAAGCUACCCUCAGUAUCACCAGAGAAGAAGACAUCUCUGAAGAAGAGGAAGCCGAAUACAUUGUUCGCGAUGGCGACCUCAUGUUCUCCAUUUGUUCCUACGUGGCCGAAACGGACGAGGCCAUCAACCUCGUUGAAGGAGAAAAGGUGUACAUUAUCGAGCACACUAAUUCCGAUUGGUGGUUUGUCAAGAAACAUUUGACCGAAGAAAAGGGAUGGGUGCCUGCGCAGUAUCUUCUAAAUGAAGCUCACUACACAAUUUAUCUUCAACGCAAAUUGCACGAGAAGAUAGACAAGCUUCCUGUCUUCGAGAAACCUGGACCUGGAGAGAAAGCAUCAGCUCCUCGAUUCGUGGAAAAACUUCAACCUAUCCAUACACCAGAUGGUUACACAGUUCAAUUCGAAUGUCAAGUCGAGGGUGUUCCCAGACCGCAGAUCACUUGGUUCCGUCAAACAGCCAUCAUCAAACCAUCGCCAGAUUUCCAGAUCUAUUACGACGAUGAUAACGUGGCAACACUCAUCAUCAGGGAAGUUUUCCCUGAAGAUGCUGGCACCUUCACCUGCGUCGCCAAGAAUGCUGCUGGUUUCGCUUCAAGUACGACAGAACUGAUAGUGGAGGCUCCACUGUCGGAUCAUGGCUCGGACAUGACUGGUUUGUCAAGAAAGAGUCUGUCCAGAGAAUCUUCGCUUGCCGACAUCCUUGAAGGUAUUCCACCUACGUUCUCCCGGAAACCCAAAGCCAAGUGCGUGGACGAAGGCGAGGACGUGAUCUUGGAAUGCAGACUGGUAGCCGUACCGGAACCGGAAAUCACUUGGUAUUACGAAGAGUCGCAGAUCACGACCAAGGAGAACGUUGUCGUUGUCACUGAGAGCGAUAUGCACAUGUACUGCAGCGUGAUGAAGAUCAGCAAGGUCAAGAAGACUCAAGAAGGCCGGUACAAGAUUGUGGCUAAGAACAGAGAAGGUGAAGCCACCAUCGAGAUUCCAAUGAAGGUGAAGACCGGCGAGAAGGAGCCACCAGAAAUUCUUGAACCACUGAAACCGUACACAGUUCGCGAAGGAGAGACAGUUGUGCUGACUACUCAGAUCAUCGGCAACCCCAAACCAAAGAUCACCUGGUACAAGAAUGGUAAACCGCUGAAGGGUGUACUCACCAAAGAAGAUGGUGACCUCAAUACACUCACCCUAAUUCAACCAGAUCUAUCAGACACUGGAGAGUAUUCCGUGGUUGCUAAGAAUGAUCUUGGAAAAGCAGAGACCCGAGCAACACUCACCGUUGAAGCUGGCACAAAAGUCAAAUCCGCUUUUAGCAUAAACAUAAACCCAGCGAGAGAAGAAACUUUGGUCACUAUUUCGACCACUGUAGUAGCUAUAGAAUCAGUUAGAGAAAUAUGUUCAACUACUGUAAUAAAAGAAACACCAAGCGGAGCACCAGAACCACCGUUGUUCACGGAACGGUUCCAGGAACUUACUGUUCCCGAAAAGGGUACAUUCCAACUUGUGGCCAAAGUCGUUGGUAACCCUGUACCCGAAGUCACCUGGUUGAGGAACAAUAAGCCUCUAGAAAAAUCGCCCAACAUCACAGAAACUUACGAUGGCGAGAAUAUAAUCCUGGAGAUCAGAAACGCAGACUCCGAAGUGGACGCUGGUGACUACAAGUGCAUUGCCAGCAACCCUGUUGGAAAGGCGUCACACGGUGCUAAGGUAACGGUCGACGUGGACAAGGUGACCUUCACGAAGAACCUUGAGAAGAAGGUAAUCGUCGACGAGUAUAAACCUCUGGAGCUGACCUGCGAGACUUCACAUACGGUGUCUACUACCUGGUGGCACAAUGACAAGGAGAUCAGCGGUAUGGAUCAUCGUGAGGUCAUCCAGGAGGGUCGUACCCACAGAUUGGUCAUCAAGAAGACGAGCACCACGGACGAGGGCACUUAUAAGUGCACAGUAAAGAAGCAGAGCACGUCCAGCACCGUUGAGAUCAAGGCCACAAAACCAGAGUUCGUAAGGAAGCUCCAGGACUUCGAGGUCAAGGAACGCGACGUAGCCAUCCUCGAAGUAGAGAUCACCUCCCAGACAGCAGAGGUCAGCUGGCACAAGGAUGGCGAACCGCUGAAGCCUACCAAGGGCAAAGUGGAAUUCGUUAAAGAUGGCACCAUCAGGAAGCUCCUCAUCAGAAGCACUUCCGUUCACGAUGAGGGAGAGUACACUUGUGCUCUUCUGGAUCAAGAAUGCACGGCGGAAGUGACAGUGGUGGAGUUGCCACCGGAAAUCAUCACCAAGAUGCAGGACGUGACCAUCGCAAAGGGCGAAAAGGCCAUGUUUGAGAUUGAACUGACCAAGGGUGACGCCCUGGUUCACUGGUUCAAGGACGGACAGGAGUUACAAUUCUCUGAACACGUUCAACUGUCCAUCGACGGGAAGAGGCAGAAGCUCAAGAUUUACAACUCUGAGCUGAAGGAUGCUGGAGUCUAUUCGUGCCAAGUUGGAGAACAAACAUCGAGUGCCAGGUUGACUGUUGAAGAACCUGGUGUUGACUUCAUCACCAGACUGCCUGAUGUCACUUUGGUACCACUCAACACCGACGCUGUCUUCGUUAUCGAACUGUCUCGUCCGAACGUCCCAGUGAAGUGGUUGAAGAAAGGUCAAGAGAUCAAGGAGUCACCUAAAUACACAAUCGUCGAUGAAGGUGCUACCAAGAAAUUAAUUGUCAGAAAGUGUACGGUUGAUGACGCUCUGGAAUACAGUGCCGUAGCAAUGAACGUGAAGACCUCGUCGAAACUGAAAGUGGAAUUGGUGGAGACGCCGCCGAAGAUCAGUGUGGAUUCGCCCAAACAAUACAAGGUCAAGAAGGGCGAUGACGUCGAUAUCACCGUUAAAUUUACUGCCACCCCUAAACCAACUGAAGAAUGGACUGUGAAUGGUCGCGUUGUACCAAAGAGUAAGCGAGUCAGUCCGACGAUCGACGAAGAGUCUGCGACGUUGACUAUCAAGAAGGUCCAAGAAGAAGACAUCGGCGAUUACACGUUGAAGUUGACCAAUUCCUGUGGCGAGGCUAGCACGGAAAUAAAUCUCGUGAUAAUGCAGGUACCCAGCGCACCUGGUAUUCCAGAACCACUCGAAGUGACUGAUGACAGUAUCACUCUUCACUGGAAGAAACCAGAUUCCGAUGGCAACUCGCCCAUCAUCGAGUACAUCAUCGAAUACCACGACAAGGAUGACUUCACAUGGAUAAGAGUCACGGAAAAGAUCACUGAGACCACGCACAAGGUGACCAACCUGACGACCAACAAGGAGUACAUGUUCCGAGUGAUCGCAGUGAACGAAGUAGGACCUAGUGAACCAUCACACAACACUCGCUACUUGAAGAUCGCCAAACCAUCGGCAUCCGAACCACCAUCCAUUCUGGAACCAUUGAAGAGUGUUGUAGUAGGACUAAAGGAACCUGUAACACUCUCGUGCGUGAUCGGUGGUAUUCCAACACCCGAAAUCACCUGGCUCAAGAAUGGCAACCCGUUCAAGAACAAUAACAUCAGCUACGAAAAUCGUAUGGCUAAGUACACGAUAACGGAAACGACAGAAACAUCGGCAGCAACAUUCACCGUUAAGGCUAAGAACAACGUCGGAACCGCAGAAACAACAUGCGAACUGAAGAUUCAGGAACCGCCGAAGAUCACGUUCGACGAGAGUCUUGGUACUCAGAAGUUGAACGUGACCAGCCAAUGGAAGAUAGAGGUCACUGCAACGGGCUUCCCGAAACCGGAAAUUACAUGGAUGAAAAACGGAAAAGCAAUUGUGGAAAAGCAGGUUUCUAUCUACACGGAGGAGACUACGUCGACAGUAGCGAUUUACUCGCUCGUUAGAGAGGAUACCGGAACUUACACGGUAACAGCAACCAAUGAGGCUGGCAGCACUUCCGUUGAACUCUACCUCAGGGUUAUCGAUAAACCAAGCAAACCUCAAGGACCCAUCGUGAUGAAGGACAUCAGACAAGACAACUUGACCAUCGAAUGGAAACCACCAGCGGACGAUGGUGGUCUUGAACUCACGAAAUAUACCAUUGAAAAGUGCGAACCUGAUAAGAUGGUCUGGAUGAAGGUUGCUGAUGUGGACAAGGACAUCGAGUCCUACUGCAUUCAAAAGUUACUACAGGAUUACGAAUACAUAUUCAGAGUCGUCGCUAAAAAUCCUGUCGGAUCAUCGGAACCACUCGAGUCUGAGCCAAUCACGAUCAAACCUUCCUUCGACAAACCAGGACCACCACGAGGUCCACUGGACGUCUCAGGCAUGACAAAGACCUCAUUUACUAUCAAAUGGCAGCCACCAGAAAACGACGGAGGGUCUCCUAUCACGGAAUACAUCGUUGAAAUAAAGGAGGUCUCAAAGAAGGCUUGGCAAAAGAUUGGCACAACCAAGGGUGAAACUACAAACAUCAUUGUGUCUGACCUUAAGACGGACGUAUCUUACAACUUUAAAAUAACAGCAAAGAACAAUGUAGGAGCAGGACCACCAUAUCUUCCAGAAGAACCAAUCACUGCUGGCAAACGUACCAAAAUUACCAAGCUCACCGAAAGUUCAAUGUACGCAUUGCUCGGCAUUUUUCCAACGACAAAGAUCAUCAUCAGUAAGACACCACCGUCCUGUCCGUUGAACGUGCAGGUAACCGGCGUGACCAGCAGAAGCGUUACUCUGACCUGGUCACCACCUGCCAGCACUGGAGGAACGGAACUGACAGGCUAUGUCAUUGAAAAGAGAGCACUGGCCGGAAAGGGUGCCAAAUGGACAAAGAUUGUAACACUAGAUGCCACGACGCAUCAAUACUGUAUCGAGAACCUCAAGGAGAGCGAAUUCAUGUUUAGAAUCUUCGCCGAAAACAGUAUGGGACUUUCCACGCCGACAAACUCAGAGCCAGUAACUCUAAAGACUCACGCAACCGUUCCAUCCCCACCAACUGCUCCUCUGGAGAUAAGGCAGAUCGCUGCCAACACCAUUGUCAUCGAAUGGGGCAGACCUGAGACCGACGGUGGCGCCCCCUUGGAGGGUUACAAGAUCGCCAUCAGAGACAUCAAGAAGACCAUGUGGAUGGAAGUUGGCCGCGUGAAUGCGGAUAUUCAGAAAUUGACGAUCAGGGAUCUUCAGGAGAACCACGAGUAUCUGAUGAGGAUUUUCGCCAGGAACGAAGUGGGUCUCAGUGAGCCGCUGGAAUCGGAAGAACCUUUCAAAGUCAUCCCAGCUUCUGAGCUGACGGUGAUCGAACCAGUCGCUGAGGCCACUGACAGGGGAGAGACAGCAUCCGUGAGCUACAGCACGGAAAACACAAGUUCCUGGCUUCGAGAACACAACAUGGAUGCGGAUAUCCAUUCGUACGCCAGAGGACGGCUUCUCAGGAAGGACGAAUACUUCUUCCGCAUUUGGCAUUACGCCAAGAAGCUCUUCAAAUAAGCAUUUCCACGAUUCCACUGUAUAGACAAAUUUUUUUCUUCUUCUACUACUACUACUUCUUUUACAAGGAAUACGCAUUGCGUCAGGGAUUGACUAUUCGACUGGAUUAUCAAAGUAAUACGACAGGUAUAACCUUCUCCGUCUAUAAUGAUGAAUGAAUGAGAGAACAAAUUCGACGAUAACGCAAGUUCUUGUUUUUCUAUUUUUUUUUUAUUUUGAAAAACAAACUAUAGGCUUCUCAGCACAGUUAAUCGUAUUUUAAAAAUAAAUAAAUUUGAUGGCGCGAUGAAAAAAAUUCGCAACCAGUUCCUUUUAAGAGAAUGAGUUUAGCGACUAGAUGCUAAAGUUAAGAUAUAUGGAUAAGCGUGCACAGCACACCAAAUGAGUGUAGAAUCUAGUCAGCAAAUAGGGAGUGUAAAUAUUUUUUAACGGACCAAGACUCUCGAGAAAAUUUGUUCUGUCGCUCGAAAAUGAAGAUAGAUUCCUUGAAGAUUCAAUGUAUUUAUAUAUAUGGCGACAGUUUAAAUUUUUGAGGAUUUCGUCGAGGCGAAACGCGAAUUUCGACGCAUAUAUACAGUCGGUCAAUUGAACACAAAGUCAAGUCAAUAUGUGAAAAUAAAACGAGUUGAAUUUCGCGCCUCGCCGCGUCGAGGACCUCAUGUUAGCGUGGCGUUAAUUGCAAAAUGAAGAAACGAGAAUCUAUUUUUUUUUUUACAAAACUGUCUUUCCGAAGAAUCCAUCUUCAUUUUCAGAAGCGACGAGUUUUGCGAACUCAAAGCAAUCGCGAAUUAUAUAUGAAACGAGAAAUGAUCCUUUUCCUAAAUGUCCUAUGAACCCAAACUGAGAUUCUUUGAGUGCAAGAGUGCAAAUUUUGCUUUAAAAAUGAAGACACAACGCGUCGCAAAGAUGCCGAUCGUUGCGCAAUAUCUCCCGUUCAAAUAUUAUAAGCGAAUCGCCCAAAGUCGAAAUCUGAUGUAAAAGGUGAAAGACGAAUAGCUCGAAUUUCGAGCGUUCCUUAAGGACGUCGCGAAGACAUACGGGAGUCAUGUGAUAACCGAUUGCUUGUGAAAACACGUGUGUGUUAUAAUACGGUAAUGAAAGAAUACCGAAUUCUAAUUUAUUUAUAUAUUGCUUGUAAUGAUACAGACCCUUAUAAUUUUUCGUUAAGUGUCUAAGUUUGCGAGGAUUAUCAAUUUUCUUUUUUGUCCAUUCUUCUGUCCUUUCAUAUUUAUUAUUACCAUUAAUAUUUAGUAUCGAAUGUAUUAUUUAUUUGUAAAACGACGACACGAAAAAAGCUCGAGAACGUAGAAAUGCCACGUUAGGUUGGUACCCCGAGACGUACAAAAUAUAGGUGCAAAACAAGAUCGUGCCAUUGACCAACCUCUCGUCGCAUACUACGACGAUGCUGUAAAAAUGUUUUAUCAAAAUAAUUAAACCAUUGCAUAUUA